AUGGCGAAGGAGAAAUAUAAGAAGGCUCUGCUGGAACUGCUCCGGAGGGAGGGCAACGACGUGUGUGCGGACUGCGAUGCGCCCGGUAAGGCGGAAAGGUGGGGUGGGGGCGCGUGGUGGUGAUGGGGGGGUCCUUUCUUGGGCUGAGCUGCGAGGUGGGGGACGAGGGAGGGACACCCCGGAGGGAGGUGGUUUUUUGGGGGAGCACGCACCUGCUCCUCGCAGCAGUCCAGCGCCUACCCCUCCCGCACCCCAACUUUCCUUUAACCGCCCCCCCUCCAGCCUCCCAAUCAAAUUGCUCCCGGGGCUAAGGGUGGGGCGCUAAAUGGGUCUCCCUCCCGGACACUGUUCCUCAGCCUUAUCUUGGAGGGUGGUAGAUGACUGGGUGAAGCUCCUUCCUAUCUUUCUUAACCCGCCCCCCCCCCCCCCUGCCGCCGCCACCCUCCGGUUUCCCCAUCCUCUUUCUCCUCCUCUUCUCGGUCUCUGCUAGGCUGUUGCAAGAUUCAGGAAAGAGGAACCGGUAGCCGGUGGAAGGGAAGAGCGUCCUCGCUGCGCUGAGAAAGGGGGGGGGGAUGGAUAUCUGUAAGCUGAGUAUAUGGAACCCCCCCCCCAAAAAAAAACUUCCAGAGAGGAAACUCAAGUCAUCCCGUUAUUUAUUCUUAGAGAAAGUGUGUGCUCUGUCCAAGGCUAGCCCUACUCCGAGUAGACCUAUUGAGAUGAAUGGCUCCAAUUUGCUGCUUUAAUUCAUGACCCUGAGCCAGUUACAGCAUUUGAAACACAAUAUGAAAAGCAGUUUGACUUCCUAUUGCAGAAAUAAGGUUAGCCAUGCCCUUUUCAUUUCAGUGAGUAGGAUUUGCACUGGAGUUAUAGAUGAUAGAUAUAGCUUUGGUGUGAGUGUGAUCCAAUGCCAACUUAAAUGACAAAGGGAAAUGAAGCAUUGGGUGGAGAGAUGAUCUCUGAAAUAUGCUGGGAGUCCUACAUAACAAUCUCUUUCUCUCUGGUUUUGUUGGGAGUCAAUAGCCACCUUCAUUGGGGUGGGAGGUGCAGUCUGUUUUCCCACCUAAAGAGGGUGUUUGGUGUCAACUAAGGAUGCCAACUUAUCCAGGGUAUCCUGCGCCUGUCAUUGAUCUGAAUGUGCUGAAAUUGGCAGGAUAGACAUCUCACAGCACAGAAAGGAUGCCCUUAUUGGCUGUGGAGGACUGACAGCAAAGUCUGCAUGGAAGCUGCAGGAGUGUGUGUGUGUGUGUGUGUGUGUGUGUGUUGGUGGCAACCUUACAGCUUGUGGAAGAGGUCAGGCACCCCCCCCCCCAACAUACUAUGAGAAGAGGCAGGGAGAUGUCUCUCUUGACUCAGGCGACCCCUCCCCAUCCUCUCGCUUUCUCCCUGGCUUGAGUUGGAAGUGUUGAUGUCAUACCAAAUGCUACUUUGGGACUCAAGCUGUACGUCUGCUGCGAACUGCAGUGCAGGCUGCAAUUCCUAAAAGAAGCAGGAGGCAAGCAUGCCUGUUUAAACUGGCAACGACAAGGCAGGAGCUGAUAGGCUGGAGGGGUGGAAAGUUGCACCAAAGACAGGAGGGGGGCACAGAAAUGGCCCCAAGUAAACCUAAUAAGCUUAUUUUAUAUCUUCCAAUCUGUGGAGCCUGGUUGAGGGGAAUGCAAGGGACACUGCCCCAGCAACCUCAGACUGACCUUAGGGUGUGUUUGAUUAACACCUUAGAGUGUAGUGAAGUUGCUGGUUCCCUCUGCCCCUUGGUUGUUCACAUCAGCAUGGCUUUGUUAGUGUUAGCUAAAGUGGUACCUCAGGUUAAGAAUAGUUUCAGGUUAAGAAUGGACCACCGGAACGCGUUAAGUUCCUAACCAGAGGUACCACUGUACCUUAUUUUACAAGGUGUAUUAUACUGUGUAUAAACUGCAUUAUACUGAUUUACUGUAAAUUUUGUUCCAUUUAAUCCCUGCAAGAUGGCCACAAAUAUAGCUUGGCUUAUACAGCGGCCAAUAAAUAAAUAAAUAAGUACAGUGGUACCUCGGGUUACAGAUGCUUCAGGUUACAGACUCCGUUAACCCAGAAAUAGUGCCUCAGGUUAAGAACUUUGCUUCAGGAUGAGAACAGAAAUCGCGCAGCAGCAGCGGGAGACCCCAUUAGCUAAAGUGGUACCUCAGGUUAAGAAGAUUUUCAGGUUAAGAACGGACCUCCAGAACAAAUUAAGUUCUUAACCCGAGGUACCACUGUAUGUUUGCAUACAAACUAGGGGGACAUAGAUGGGCAGGGAUGACUUCACCCUACACAGAAGUGUUCAUGCCUUGGCAGGAAACAAAUCAAGGCUUCCCAAUCAUUGUAAAGCUUGUUUGAGAAAUGACACAUCCAACAGUAGUCACAGAAUCAUGGAGCUGGAAGGGAGCCCAGGGCCAUCUAGUCCAACCCUCUGCAAUGCAGGAAUCGUGGCCAUCCAGUCUCUGUUUACAUACCUCCAACAAAGCAGAGUCCACCUCCUUUGCUAAUCUUUUAUUGCAAGGAUCCAUAGGCCCUUUUGGAGAACUGUUGUGGGUCAGCAUGGAUUGAAACCUGGUGCUUGAAACUCGGUGAGUGCACAUUCAACAGGAGGGUGCACACAGGGGCAGAUUGGGCCCGUCAACUUGGAAGGGGAGCCCGUCCAGGAGAAGGAAAACUGGUCCUAAACCUCCACUGCCUUGCAUUCAUUCAUGAGAAAGGCUUGGGGAGUAAACCCUGAGGAACAAUCUGUACCCGCUAUCUUUCAGGACACCUUUGGGAGAAGAAAAGGCCAAAUAAUAAUAAUAAUACUAAUACUACUACUAAUAAUAAUUUAUUAUUUGUACCCCGCCCAUCUAGCUGGGUUUCCCCAGCCACUCUUGGCGGCUUCCAACAAAGAUUAAAAAUACAUUAAAAUGUCACACAUUAAAAACUUCCCUGAAUAGGGCUGCCUUCAGAUGUCUUCUAAAUGUCAGGUAGUUGUUUAUAAUAAUAAUAAAAAUGAUAAUAAUUUAUUAUUCAUACCCCGCCCAUCUGACUGGGUCUCCCCAGCCACUCUGAGUGGCUUCCAACCAAAUAUUUAAAAUAAUACAGCGUCAGACAUUAAAAGCUUCCCUACACAGGGUGUCUUUUAAAAGUAAAAUAGUUGUUUAUCUCUUUGACAUCUGAUGGGAGGGCACUCUACAGGGCGGGUGCCACUACCGAGAAGGCCCUCUGCCUGGUUCCCUGUAGCUUGGCUUCUCGCAGUGAGGGAACCGUCAGAAGGCCCUUGGUGCUGGACCUCAGCGUCCGGGCAGAACGAUGGGGGUGGAGACGCUCCUUCAGGUAUACUGGACUGAGGCCGUUUAGGGCUUUAAAUGUCAACACUAACACUUUGAAUUGUGCUUGGAAAUGUACUGGGAGCCAAUGUAGGAGCAAACCCUAUACAAAUUUGGAGUGGAGUCUCUAAGACAUCUUGUACACCUCCUUCUGGCAACUCCUGCAGCUAAGCUGGUGCCCAGCAUAUUGCCCUGCUUUCCUUUGGACCAUACCUGCGAGGCUGAGAGGGGUGGUCUUGACAUCUGGGCAGCCCAGGACCUCCAGAUGCUCUGCCCAGGACUGUGCUCCAAGGAGGUCACUUCAGUACUGCCAACACUGCAAAAAUAGCAUGGGAGACAGCAGAGAACACAGCCUUAGCCAGUCCUCAGCUGCCUGCCUUCCUACUUAACCCCAGUCCAGGGGUUGACACUGGUUUUCAGCUUCCUCCUCCUUAGUCUCAGUGUUGCCAGCACAGAACUCAGCAGAGAGGAGGUGGAUGGGGACCGAACUGCAGUUAGAUUGCUCUGCCUGUCCUCCUUGUUGUCCUCCCUGCCUUCUGCCCUCUUGGCACCAGCCUCCACUGGGUUAAAUCCCUGGCAUCUCCAUAUACGGCUCCAUAUACCUUUGACUGAAACCCAGGAGAGCCCUUGCAAGCCAGCAUAGACAAUAGAUGGGUCUGACUCAGUAGAAGGCAGUUUUCAGUGCCCGCUCUGACUGGCAGCGGCACCUGCAGGGUUUCAGGCAGAGAUGGGAACUUUCCAGCUCAACUGCCUCGCCCAUUUAGCUGGAAGUCUGGGGAACUGAACCUAGGAGCCCUUUUUUUACUGGUCCUUCACUGUGUGGCUGCUCCCGUCUUUUCAUUGCCAUGCCCUGCCUAGGAGAAGGCCUCCUGCCCUUCCAACUUUCCUGCCAGGCACUCCUUCACCAGCAAAGAUAAUAAACACACAACACUGCUCUGCGACUGUUGGCAGAGACCUCCGAGAGGCACACGGCACGCUGAACUUUGCUCCACAACUUGAAUGUGUACCUGUGUUUUUUAAAAAUAAAGGCAAACAAGAACCCAUCUGCUCCUGACUGCAUUGCCGGGUUGCCUUUUUUAAAUAAGAAAAAAUCUGCAACUCACUGAUUUUAAAACAACACAAUUUAUUAAAAAAUUGUGGAUUAUAUACUCUGAUGAACAGUAGAACAACACAAAUUUGUUUCUUUAGGGCAGGGAGUAGGGGAUGCUUUGAGUCUGGGGGCCACUUUUUGUUCUGGGCAACCUCCUGAGGGCCACCUCUCAGUGGUGGGCGGGGCCAGAGCAAAAGUGGGCGGAGCAACCAAAUUAAUUGUAUAGGCUAGUUCCUACACAUACACAAUGCACCUGGCUUUUUCCUCCAUCCGGGAAAACAAGAGUCAUUCUCAGAGUUCAAGGACACAUUCCAGGCAGGCAAAAGUCCUGGAGGAAGGUGUGAAGCGAGGCUGGUGAGAGGCAUGGCCUUGGGAGGGUCCCAAGAACCUGGUAAGGAUGCCUGGAGGGCCACAUUUGACCCUAGAGCCUGAGGCUCCCCCAUUCCAGUCAAGGAAAAGGACUGAUGUUCUGUGUUCAGAAGGUUCUUUGCUCCCUGGCAUCUCCAGGGAGAGCUGCAAAAGUCGUCCUUCUCGAAAACCUGCCAGUCUGUGUAGAUAGCACGGACCUAGACGGGCCAAUGCGCUGACUUUUUAUAAGGCAGUCUGUCCAUCCUUAGAGAAAAGGCAGGACAAAAACAUGGCCAACCCUAUCAUUAGGCAGAGUGAGGUAACGUCCUCAGGCACCACAUGCAUGAGGAAGAGCAGGGAGCUACAAACACCUAACUCAUACAACACGUGCCACCAGGGGGAAUGUGGACUCCUCCGCCUUUGCUUCUGAUUGGGGGCGUUUUGUGAUUUAGAUGACUGAACAAUCUCGUGUUUGGCACAAUCCCACGAAAUAUGACUUUAUUUGGCAAUGCUCGUGAUCAUUCGGCAUGUUUGCUGCAAAUAUGAACGUUGUAUUCCGCUGUGCGAUAUAUUUUACGCCGCGCAUUCUUUUUAAAGAAGAUGAUGAUUUUAUUCUUCCUGCUUUUACGGCUGUUUUUUCCUUUAAAAAAUUACUUUUAGCUUGAUGUUUUGUUUGUUUGAAUAAAUUGGGGCAACCCAGCAGUGGUGUAAUGUGGUUUGCCGGUGCCCGGGGGAGCUCGGCUGAAUGACAUGGCCCUUGUGGGCAAAUACCCCUGAGGAGGAUCCAGCAGCCAUGUGCCCUUUGACCCCAGCCUUGCAGAGUGAGGCCCUGGGUUUGCAUCCUUCCCACGCUGCCCUACCAGCCCUGCACCGCUUUGCGAGGCUGGGAGCUGAUCUGAAUGAUUUACCUGGGGAGAUGGAGAGUGUUGUGUUCAUCCUGGACUGCUUAGAGGAAAGGUGUAAUGAAAAUGAAAAAGCAAUUGAGAAUACAUAUGUGUGUGAACCAGAUCUCUGGGACCACUCUCAGCUGUGGAUCCCUGACAUUGACAUGUUGCCUUCUCAGCUGGGCAAUUGUAGACUUCUCUAGAUAUCCCUAGAUGAUAGGACCUGUGUGAUGUAGUGGCAAAGGUCCCAGGAGACCAGGGUUCAAAUCCUGACUCAGUUUUGAAACUCAGUGGGUGACCUUGGGCCAGUCUCACUGUUUCCCUGCCUAGCCUACCUCACAGGGUCGUUGUGAGCGUAAAAUGGGGUUUGAGAGAACUGUGUGUGCCGCUUUGAAUUUCUAGGAGGAAAAGCAGGAUAUGAAUGUAGCAGUAAUGCUUGGCACACUCCCAAACGUGGUCAGGCUCAUUCUGUGGCAUUUGCAGCCCUGCUGCCCAUUCUGCUGAGUGGGAUCCUGGGCUUCUGCUUUUGAUGGCAUUGCUGGUCUGCUCCGAUGAGCCCUGGCAAAUACAUCCAGCCACUUCCCCUGAAUUCUUGCAUUGCAGCUCUAUGAGCCUGCUGCCUCCCUCUGCUUCUGCCAGCUGAUGCUUCCAUGUAACCUUAUUAACCUGACACGAAUGACAUCUUGCUGGGCCCGGCUUGAAUCUGACUGCAGUGAUGACCUUGUUGAGCUUUGCCUUGCCUUUCCUGAUCAAGAACUUGUGUAAUUCCCAAGCCACAUGCUGUGAGAGAACUGGUUGCAUGCCAUGAAAAUGUGAUGUGGCUCCAGGCUUAGAAGGCUCCCCUGAGCCCCAAAGGCCUGCCAACAGAGGGGCCUGUCUGCUGUGUCUCUGUGACUACCUGCUCCAGCCCUGCCUCCUUCCUGCUAUGUAGCUGUUCCUGGAGGACAGGCUCCUUCUGUUGCAUCUCUGUAGUGGGCGAUUGGCUUGCUCUGAAUGUGGAGGUGCAGCAGAAUGGGUGCUCCUGCUUGUUUUGCAUCCUGUAGUAACCUUGGGGAAGCAUCACAGAACAACUAAGAAAACACAACAUUGUGAGGAUGGCCUCAAAUGCACUAUUAUUGUAUCAGUAACGUUGUGCAGAAUACACACAUGUCUGCACCCCAUGUUUAACGCUCUAUUGCACCAUGUUAACUGUGAUGGAAUAUUCUGGACAGUGGUGUACUGUGAGGUGGUUGCCCCAGGCACAAAAUUGUUAGGGGUGCAAAAUUUCAGCACCUGAUGCUGCCUCAAUACAGCUGCAUGCUUCUGUUGAAAACAGCUUCUCCAAGUGAACCAGGAAGUCACCUCUCCAGACAAUGGAACGACUCUUCUUUUCUUAUCUCUGCAGCUGUGAUCUCCUGGGUGGCGCAGAUGCCAUUAGGGAGUUGAAUGCACAUGUGUACUCCUUCUGUUUCCCUCCCUCCCAUCCCACAUCCACCUGGCCGCCCGGGCACCGGCAACCCAUGCUACACCACUGAUCCUGGGAACUGUAGGUUGCUGAGGGUGUUGACCUCACAGAGCUGCAGUUCCCAGCCCCCUAAACAAAGUACAGUACCCAGGAUUCUCCAUGACUGUAAAAGCAAUAUCAUAGUGCUUUAUGUGGGUGUUGUGGGUGUGGCCAUAUAUUCACAAAAAGCAAACGAACGAAACCCACCCGUCCAGAGGGGCCCUAAAUAGUAAAUGCCUUCUCUGAUGUAGUUGCUUAUGUAGCCAAAAGGACACCACAUGUGCGCACACAUGCACGCGCAUACACACACACACGAGGGGUGGGGGAAUACCAGCAUCCUCGGUGGAAGCCCAAGAAGUACCAAAAAGGGGACUCCAAAAACAGCCCAGUGAAAACUGCACGUGCUCAGUGGAGAUGGAAUGCUAGCUGGCAGAUCUGCUAGGAAAGAAAUGGGAAAACUGGGGAGGGGUGAAACGGAGUACUCUGCCAAAGGGCAUGGAGGGUGGCUGGCUGGAAUCCCGGACAAGAGCACACUCCACACCACAAUAGUAGUAGUAGUAGUUGACAUUAGAGUAAGGUAAAGGUAAAGGGACCCCUGACCAUUAGGUCCAGUCGUGGCCGACUCUGGGGUUGCGGCGCUCGUCUCACUUUAUUGGCCGAGGGAGCCGGCGUACAGCUUCCGGGUCAUGUGGUCAGCAUGACUAAGCCGCUUCUGGCAAACCAGAGCAGCGCAUGGAAACACCGUUUACCUUCCGGCUGGAGCAGUACCUAUUUAUCUACUUGCACUUUGACGUGCUUUCGAACUGCUAGGUUGGCAGGAGCAGGGACCAAGCAACGGAAGCUCACCCCAUCGCGGGGAUUUGAACCACCGACCUUCUGAUUGGCAAGUCCUAGGCUCUGUGGUUUAACCCACAGCGCCACCUGCGUCUCUUGACAUUAGGGUAGAAUGGGAUAUUAGAGCAGAUCUCUCCUGCUGUGUUUUGCCUCCCAUUCUCACAAUGCAUUUCUCUCUCCCGCACCACCCCUUACAAUGACUAUGGUAUAAUAACACUUUUUUAUUUUUAUUUUAAAACAAAUUGUCCAUUAGUCAUUCCCCUGUCAGUUACCACUGUGGGGCUUUCCCCACUUUCCCUUUUUCUGCUGUUCUCUUGCUUAUCAAUACAUUCCUAGAAAAUUUAAUGCAUCUGAGAUUCUGCAUGGCUUUUAAUGCCUUUGUCCACACAGCAGCCUCUCCCCAACCUGGUGCCUUUCCAGCUGUUUUGAACUUUUUGGGAAUUGUACCCAAAACAUCUGGAAGGGGACAGGCUGGGGGAGGCUGCUGGAGAGGCUCGGCAGCAGAUGAUGCUCUGAAAUCCAUGGGCACUCACCGUGAUUUCAGAUCACUUUGGCUUCAUUCCUUUAUUACUUCUGUGGCUUGAGAAAAGCAAAGACCCAACAAAAAAUGAGCCAUCACAUUUGUAACCUUUUCAAGAGUCAGAAACAGCAGAGCUAGAAACCCCUUGGUGGGAAGGGAAAGGAAACAAGUUGGAUCCUAAGUCCUUUAUCAUAAACUCCAGGCUUGAGCAAAAUGCAAAAUGCCCUCUCAUGUUGAUUGGUCCCCUGAGGCUUACCUAGUGAGUAGCAGCAAUAGCACUCCAUGGGUGACUCCAUGAUUGAGAACCCAGUGGGGUCAUGCACUGGCUUAAAGUGGGAUACAGUGGUACCUUGGUUCCCGAAUGGCUUGGUUCCUGAACGGUUUAGUUGUCGAACAAAUGUUCCAGUAAGUGUUCCGGUUUGCGAACGUUUUUCGGAAGCCAAACAUCCAAUGUGGCUUCCACAGAUUCCAGUUGAGUGCAGCCAAUCGGAGGCUGUGCCUUAGUUUUCAAAUGGUUUCAGGAGUCGAAUGGACUCCUGGAACAGAUUAAGUUUGAGAACCAAAGUACCACUGUAUCACUUUUGCAGCACUCUGAAAUUCCAGUCCAAAACAGGGAUUCGAGAUCCGCGAAAUCAAAGUUUGUGUAUGCACGAUGCAUUUAAAGAAUAUCAUGCCCCACCCCAAGAAUCCUGAGAACUGUAGUUUGUUAAGGGUGCUGGGAAUUGUAGCUCUGAGGGGUAAACUCCAGUUCCCAAGAUUCUUGGGGGGGGGGGGGACUAUGUGCUUUAAAUGUAUGCUGUGUAUACAGCAAAAAUGGCACUUGUCCAGUCAGAUAUUUGUAAGCUCCGAAGUUGGAAUUCUUUUCAGUGGUGGAAACUAACCUGGUUCAGAUGCCUGUACUUCUGAGUUAAUUACCUCUGUUGGUGAUUCCUCUUGCAUUGGCUUAUUAGUGUUUUUCUAGGGAUAAUAAUGUUUUGCGGCGUAUUAAUUAUCUUCUGUGUUCUGAAACUGCUUGAAUUCUGCCAGGGGAGGUGGUGGCUCCCAUUAACCGGGAGCCUCAAGAGCUAAGUGCCUCCUUUUCAUAAACAGUCACUGGAAAAUUGGGGUCCUGAACUUGAAAAUGUUUUAGGCACAUAGCUACAUGAUCAUGUUGGCAUGGUGAUUUUGAGGUGGAAAAAGUGCCAUUAAGCUGAUUAACCACGUGUAGAAGUGACAAGGACCAGCAAUUUCCACGCACAUUCUUGACAACCUGGAAAUGCAAUAGGAUGGCCUUUUUGAUAGGUCUAUUUUUAUACGGGAUGCGGGUGGUGCUGUGGGUUAAACCACAGAGCCCAGGACUUGUCGAUCAGAAGGUGGGCAGUUUGAAUCCCCGCGCUGGGGUGAGCUCCCGUUGCUUGGUCCCUGUUCCUGCCAACCUAGCCGUUUGAUAGCAUGUCAAAGUGCAAGUAGAUAAAUAGGUACCACUCCGGCGGGAAGGUAAACGGCGUUUCCGUGUGCUGCUCUGGUUCACCAAAAGCAGUUUAGUCAUGCUGGCCACAUGACCCGGAAGCUGUACCCCGGCUCCCUUGGCCAAUAAAGCGAGAUGAGUGCCGCAACCCCAGAGUCGGUCACAACUGGACCUAAUGGUCAGGGGUCCCUUUACCUUUACCUUAUUUUGUAUAGAAAGAUUUUACUUAAAACUCUCUAUGUGCUGGCACACAACCAAAUUCCUUAGCAGUUUCUGUCAGCUGGGGCCUUUUUCCAGAGCAAGACAGUGGCUAACAGUGCAAUUAUAUCUUUCUUUACUUGGAAGUAAGUCCCAUUGAGUUGGCAGCCCAUGCAGAUAUUUAAGAACAGGUGCAAUAUGGCUCCGACUAGCCGCUCCAUUUAAAAGCCAAGUCACUGUAUCUUGCACUAGUUCAUAGGCAUCAGCUCCUAUGGGCUGAGGUGUGGGUUUGUUUGUUUUUAAAAUUCUUAUUAUUUCCUUUAUAUCUUCCAGAUCCAGACUGGGCAUCUCAUACUUUAGGAGUGUUCAUCUGCUUAAAUUGUUCGGGAAUCCACCGCAACAUCCCACAUGUCAGCAAAGUGAAAUCUGUCCGUUUAGAUGAAUGGGACAAUGUGCAAGUCGAGGUAUGUACAAAGGAAAGGAUGUUGUGUCUUUUGGGGGGUGGGGUGGGGACAGACUAGGACUUGUAACAAAAUGGACUGAAAUGCUUCCUUUUCAGAAAUCCAGCAACUUGGUUUCAUUCCCCCUCCUACCUGAUUCUCCAUUGGUUUGCACAUUACAGUGGUACCUCGGGUUACAGACGCUUCAGGUUACAGACUCCGCUAAUCCAGAAAUAGUACCUUGGGUUAAGAACUUUGCUUCAGGAUAAGAACAGAAAUCGUGCUCCGGCAGUGCAGCAGCAGCAGGAGGCCCCAUUAGCUAAAGUGGUGCUUCAGGUUAAGAACAGUUUCAGGUUAAGUACGGACCUCCAGAACGAAUUAAGUCCUUAACCCGAGGUACCACUGUAUUGCUAAAACAGCACACACAAGAAUCUUGGUUUAAUCAUGCUUACAAUCACAUCAAAGCUGCUUUAUUUAGGAGCAGGGGAGUGAUUACUAGCUUAUCUACCCACUUUUUUGUUUAGGUUUUCGAGGCCCUAUCCCAUGCUGCUUUUAAGUAAAUAUAAAAUGUCACGAGAUCUGACCAUAGAUCUCCCACAACCCUAGGCAAGGAAGGAUCUGUCCCUUUAGGUACUCUCAGCUUCAUUUUCUCUUGGGUUGCCAUACACCCAGAUUUUCCCGGACAUUACUUUUAUGUGUGUGUGUUUUUCAAGAAAAAAAAAGCUUAACAACUCUGGGAACUUAAAAAAAAAAAAAAUCUCAAUUUUUUGGUGUCCGAAUUAUCACUUCUUGAAUUAUGGAAGCCCUAGUUUCUCAUUUUCCCAUUCUUAAAUUCAGUUCUCUACACUUUGCAGCACUUUGAAGAUUUUCUUCUUCUUAAUUUAUCAUGAGAAUUCAUCGGCAUUUUAAUGUGCAUUUCUCCUAAUAGAUACACUUUUUGUAUGCAGUUUUGACUGAUGUGCACAUUUGUGCAAACAGUUUCCCCCAAUACAAUGCAUUUUUGUUUGUUAUUUUCAUUAACAUAGUCUUUUUAAUGUAAUAUGUACAUUUUUAUAAGCUUUGGGUGGAGAUCUGCAUCGCAAAAUUCAGAUGAGUGCGAAUUUUGAGCUGUACUGUUUCCAAAAGUGCAGAUUCCAUAAAUUUGGCUUUCAUAUAACUACAUGACAACAGCAGCUGAAAAAACAGUGAGGGUUAUGCCAUUGCAAGCACAAUAUUCCAAUAGUCUUCUCAUCAAAACACUGAAAAUCCAUAUAUCGCCCUUGGAGGUAAUUCAUAUAAACUCCAAGAAUCAGUGAAUAGAUUCCACUUUAACAACAACAUCUCUGUAACUGUCAUUAUAUUCUCUAAAUCUGAUUUAAUAACUUAAUUUAUCUGUUACUAUAUAAUCUCUUAUUUUGUUGUACCAUUCUUUAAUUGCUGAAAUUAAAGCCCUCCUCUAAUUAUUUGCAUAUAAGGUAUUGGCAAUUUCUAGCAUAUAGAUUCAACUUUAUAUGCAAACUGAAUCAAAUGUCUCCAUGGUUUGGCUGUGGGUAAUCCUGAAUUCUCAUAUACAGUGCUACCUCAGGUUACAGAUGCUUCAGGUUACAGAUGCUUCAGGUUACAGACUCCACUAACCCAGAAAUAAUACCUCGGGUUAAAAACUUUGCUUCAGGAUGAGAACAGAAAUCGUGCAGCGGCAACGCGGUGGCAGCAGGAGGCCCCAUUAGCUAAAGUGGUGCCUCAGGUUAAGAACAGUUUCAGGUUAAGAACGGACCUCCAGAACGAAUUAAGUUCUUAACCCCUGAGGUACCACUGUAAAUUGUGUGUAAAAAGCUGCAAAAGUCAUUGUACAAGGAAGCUUGUAUGGUGUUUUAUAUCCCUAAUGUCCCCCUGCCUUUUACUUACAUACUUAAGUAUAUGUAAACCACUUUAUAAAAUAAACUGCAUCUGUGUUCAUUCAGAUCAAGAAUUACAACAACCUAUCUUGUUGUGAGGAGGGCUUUUUGUUCAAAAGAACACACUUGGCAGUAAAAAAACCUUUGUUGAUUCUCUGGAAAUAGAUCUCAGUUGACCUUCUGCCCAUCUUUGACAUAGCAGCCCUUAAAAGUGAGCGAGGAAUGAUUCAAAUACACUCUGUUGAACAGGACAAGGGCAAUUUUGGUUCCCCCAGAUUUUUGUUGGACUACAGCUCCCAUCAUCCUCAGCCCCACUGGUUAGGGAUGGUGGGAGUUGUAGUCCGGUAACAUCUGGAGGGCCAAAGCUGCUCCAGCCCUGAUAAGGAACAAGGGCAGGGAACCUGCAGCCCUCCAUGUUGGGCUGGGGAGGUAGAUUCCAUCAUCACCUGUAUGGUCCGAGGCUUCCCAUCCCUGCUAUAGAAUUAAAGAAAUUGGAUGGCAAAUUUUCAUCUCUCUCUUAAACCAAACUUUUCUCUUGCAGCUGAUGGCUUCUAGCGGAAACAGCAUGUCGAAAGCAAAAUACGAAUCGAAAAUCCCACCAUUUUAUUACAAGCCAACGUUUUCGGACUGCCUGUAAGUAGCCCCCCAAAUAUAAUUUUGCAGCGGUGGGAAAAGCCGUGCGUGCAGCUGCACCAUCUGCAAUUUGUAUUUUGCUUGUUUCUGCUGAAUUUUUAAUCCCUUGGUGGGGCUUGACUUAAUAAAAAGGCCCUGACAAUCUCUGGCCUCUGCAGAUGCUUUGGGGAGCUCAGCACAGCAGUGCCUCUUCAGCAAAUAACUUCUCUUAUGCCUGGAUGUUUCAGGAGAAAGCAAUGGCUUUGUUUUCCUUUCCUUAUUUCGGACUGUCUUGGGUUAUGAAAAUGCCAGCUGUGAGCAAGUUUAAAAAGAAAACAAAGCACUGGUUGUUGUUUUUUUUAAAAAAAAUCACCACUUUGAGUUACAGUGGUACCUCGGGUUACAUACGCUUCAGGUUACAGACUCCGCUAACCCAGAAAUAGUACCUCGGGUUAAGAACUUUGCUUCAGGAUGAGAACAGAAAUCGUGGCGUGGCAGCAGCAGGAGGCCCCAUUAGCUAAAGUGGUGCUUCAGGUUAAGAACAGUGUCAGGUUAAGAGCAGACCUCCAGAACGAAUUAAGUACUUAACCCGAGGUACCACUGUAUUUAUUUAGAAAGAUAUAUCCCACUUCAUAAAAUAAUCUAAAAGACCCAGUUCGUACAUAACACCAAGCCACACUUUGCAAUGAGCCCCAUGGAGAUGUCUUGGCAGGGCUGGUCAAAACGGCAGGAGGAAUAGAAUGGAAGCGCAGAACUGAAUGCUGGGAAGGGACCCAGUGGACAGAGAGGAGCUGAUUUAGAUAUUGGGGAGGACUCAUUUGCCUUUGACUACUCCUAUUAUUAAAAAUAAUGAUUUAUCUAUACCUUGCCCAUCUGGCUGGGUUUCCCUAGCCACUCUAGGCAGCUCCCAGUAAAAUAUUAAAAACACAAUAACACAUCAAACAUUAAAAACUUCCCUAAACAGUGCUGCCUUCAGAUGUCUUCUAAAAGUCAGAUAGUUGUUUAUUUCUUUGACAUCUGAUGGGAGGGUGUUCCACAGGGCAGGUGCCACUACCGAGAAGGCCCUCUGCCUGGUUCCCAGUAGCUUCGCUUCUUGCAGUGAGGGAACCGCCAGAAGGCCUGAGUGUCCGGGCUGAACAAUGGGGGUGGAGACGCUCCUUCAGGUAUACUGGGCCGAGGCCGUUUAGGACUUUAAAGGUCAGCACCAGCACUUUGAAUUGUGCUAAGAAACAUACUGGGAACCAAUGUAGGUCUUUCAGGACCGGUGUUAUGUGGUCUCGCCAGCCACUCCCGGUCACCAGUCUAGCUGCUGCAUUUUGGAUUAGUUGCAGUUUCCAGGUCACCUUCGAAGGUAGCCCCAUGUAGAGCGCAUUGCAGUAGUCCAAGCGGGAGAUAACCAGAGCAUGCACCACUCUGGCAAGACAGUCUGCGGACAGGUAGGGUCGCAGCCUGCGUACCAGAUGGAGCUGGUAGACAGCUGCCCUGGACACAGAAUUAACCUGCACCUCCAUGGACAGCUGUGAGUCCAAAAUGACUCCCAGGCUGUGCACCUGGUCCUUCAGGGGCACAGUUACCCCAUUCAGGACCAGGGAGUCCUCUGCCCCCACCCGCCCCCUGUCCCCCCCAAAACAGUACUUCUGUCUUGUCAGGAUUCAACCUCAAUCUGUUAGCUGCCAUCCAUCCUCCAACCACCACCUUAGCAAUACACCUGUCUAGUUGCCUGGCCUGAGUAAGAAUUCAUGCAGGAGAGUAAGCAAGGGUUUGCUUCUGAGCUUGCCCAUGUCAUUCAUUCCUGCAGGGCCAUAGUUUGCCACCUCUCGGUUUCAAUGGGACUUUCUCAAGCCUCUCUGGUUCUCUGUUUUCCCUCUCUUUGCACAACCCUGUCAGUCUCUGAGUGGAAAACGCAGCAAAAAUUCCUUUCCCGCUUUUGGAUUGAACCCAGCGAGCUAUUUGUAGCUUCUUGGAAGCCUCUGGACAUAACAUUAUUUAUGUUCCUUUCUUAACCCCCCCCCCAUCCCCACUUAGCUUCUCCCGGGAUAGAAAAGAGAGGGAGAGGAAUGGACUGAUACCCAGCUGAAGCUGCUUGCGUCUUGAGCUUUGAGUCAACAGGCACCUCUGUUGAGGUCGAGUGGCUUGUAAGGCCAAUUUGGUUAGCAGCAUAAAUGUGGGGCUUGCUGUCGAUCCUGGUGAUGUAGUAAUUGACACAGGUAGGAAGGCUCUGGCCCCUGGGGUCUCCCUUCCAGCCCCCAGCCUUGCCUCCUCAGCACUUGCCGCUAUUUUUAAAAAAUGAUUUAAGAAAAUUUUUAAAAGCUGAUAAUGGUGCCGAAGGAUGGAGAAGGGGAGAGAGGAGCUAUUCUGCCUUGGUCAGACCGCAUCUGGAAUGCUGUGUCCAGUUCUGGGCACCACAAUUUAAGAAGGAUAUUGACAAGCUGGAACAUGCAUGGAGGAGGGCAACCUUAUGAGGAAUGGUUGAAGGAGCUGGGUAUGUUUGGCCUGGAAAAUAGAUGGAGAGGAGAUAUGAUAGCCAUCUUCAAAUAGCCUAAGGCAGGGGUCAGCAAACCCUUUCAGCAGGGGGCCUGUCCACUGUCCCUCAGACCUUGGGGGGGGCGUACUAUAUUUUUUGGGGGAAAUGAACAAAUUCCUAUGCCCCACAAGCAGUGGCGUAGCGUGGGGGAUGCAGGGGGUGCCGGCCGCACUGGGCGCAACAUCUGGGGGGGCGCGCUCGCACUCGCAGCUCUCUGACCCUACUAAAAUCCACGGGUUAGGGGGCGCAAAUUACUUGCCUUGCCCCGGGUGCUGACAACCCACGCUACGCCACUGCCCACAAAUAACCCAGAGAUGCAUUUAAAAUAAAAGCACACAUUCUACUCAUGUAAAAACAUGCUGAUUCCUGGACUGUCCGCGGGCCGGAUUUAGAAGGCGAUUGGGCCUGACCCGGUCCCCAGGCCUUAGUUUGCCUACCCAUGGCCUAAAGGCUGCCACAUGGAAGAUGGAGCAAGGCUGUUGCUCUGGAGGGUAGGACUCGAACCAAUGGCUUCAAGCUACAAGGAAGGAGAAUCCAACUGAACACCAGGAAGAACUUUCUGGCAAUAAGAGCUGUUUGAUAGUGGAACGGACUCCCUCAGGAGGUGUUGGACUUUCCUUCAUUGGAGGUUUUUAAAGCAGAGGUUGGAUGGAUGCUUUAGUUGAGAUUCCUGCAUUGCAGGGGGUUGGACUAGAUGACCCCCAGGGUUUUUUUUUAUCUGCGUUCAUACAGCAUUAUCCAAAAGCAUACACAUCCUGUACUUCAUUAAUGAAUACUUCUGUUUGACGUGUUCUCAAACCAGUUUAAGACGGACUAGAGCCUUUAAGCUGCUCCUAAUUCGUCUCUACUCAAGGCGUGAAUGCCUUUGCAUAGGGCAGAGACAUCCCUGCCCCAUUAAUGCCUGCUGGUGUAUACAUAAACAGAAACGAAUCUGACACUAAUGAAGUCAUGUUGAUGUGAACAGUGGCAGUUGGGGGGGAGCUGUGAAACACAAGGAGGUGGGGAGGACAGAUACCACUGUGCUCCAAGGCGAUGAUUUGAACACACACACAGUUUCCAGUGGAUUGCUCAGGGUUAAAUGAAGUAAAAAAAUUGCAGACUGCUGCAUUCUCAGGGCGUGCGUGAAAGGAAGCGGCCGAGUUAAAAUUAUAUUUGUUGAAAUAUUUCGCUGUGCUGCAGGAGCCCUCAUAAAGGGCUUUUUCAGGAAGCCUGUGGUGAGCCAAAGAGGGAAGCAGAGCAGGGUAGAGGAUAUACUGCAUAAAACUUGGGGUGUUAGCAGCCGGGGAGCUGGAAGGAGCCAUGUUUUAUGAUCAAGACUGACUAGCAUAGCUCAGUGGCACAGCCCUUCCUUUGCAUAAUAAUAAUAAUAAUAAUAAUAAUAAUAAUAAUAAUUUAUUAUUUAUACCUCGCCCAUCUGGCUGGGUUUCCCCAGCCGCUCUGGGCGGCUUCCAACAGAAUAUUAAAAUACAAUAACCUAUUAAACAUUAAAAGCUUCCAUAAAUAAGGCUGCCUUCAGAUGUCUUCUAAAUGUCAGGUAGUUUGACACCUGAUGGGAGGGCGUUCCACAGAGCAGGUGCCACCACUGAGAAGGCCCUUUGCCUGGUUCCCUGUAACUUGGCUUCUUGCAGUGAGGGAACCGCCAGAAGGGCCUCGGCGCUGGACCUCAAUGUCCAAUUGGACCGAUGGGGGUGGAGACGCUCCUUCAGGUAUACUGACCGAGGCCUUCAGGUAUACCGUAUUCAGAGGCAGAAGAAGAUGUUGAACAUAGGAAGUUGUCUUAGGCCCCAUCUGUACUAUCUGAGGAAAGCAGUGCUGUGCCUCUUUAAACAGUCAUGGCUUCCUCCAAAGAAUCCUGGGAGCUGGAGGGUUUUAUUUUAUUUUGGGGUGUUGAAAGUUGUUAAGAGACUUCUCUGCUCCCUCACAGAGCUACCAGUUCUCAGAGUGGUUUAAUAAACAACCCCUUUUCCUCGGGAACCCGGGGAAUUGUAGCUCUGCGAGGCGAAGUUACUCAACCCCGGUUUCCAAAACAACACAUGAACUGUCGUUCAGCAGUUCCUUGAAAUUUGUGCACCUCCGAAUUUUGAGUGUGGUUCUCCGGCCAAGUAAUUUGCACCAGAACCAAUGUAGUAGGGUAACGUGUGCAUAAAAGAAGGGGAAAUGUCACACAAAAAUCCAUCAUUUUAAAAGAAAGUGCCUCGCAAAGAUGUGUAUGUUGGGUAAUAUUGCGAACAAAAAAUAUGUUGCCUUAGUAAAAGGGACUCCCUCGGAAAAUGGUGGCCUCUCAUUCUUCUUUAGCUGCAUUGCAGGGGGUUGGACUAGAUGGCCCCUGGGAUCCCUUCCAACUCUACAGUUCUAGGAGAAAUUCUCACUAAAAUGCUGAUGUCUUUACAUGAAGAAUUGGGUUGGGGUUUUUUUAAGCAAACUGAUGUGGAAAUGUAGAGAACUGAACUAAUGAUUGGAAAAAUGAGAAACUCAGAGAAACCGAAACUGGCAGGUUUGCCCAUCCUUGUCUUUAACCUGCACUUUCCAAAGAAUUUUCCCGUCACCUUCCUUAUCACACAAAGUCCGGUCUUUUGGGGAAGUGGGUUUGUUGCGCAGUGCCUGUCAAGCGACUAUAAUGGCCCAAUCUGAAUUUGCCAGCAUGCGAUUCAGUCCUACCCAAAAUGAGCGCCAGUCUGGAAACAUCUGCAGCCUGAGAAAGACAUUGCCUCCUGGGCCAGCGUUUCAAAAUCUAAGCAGUGUGCGAUGCUUGCAAAGUUUUAUUGUUGUAGCUGGGGAGCCGACUUCUAUUUAUUUCUCUUUUUAAAAAUCAAUUGUGUAUUCAGAGAGGGAAUCUGUUAUAUUCCCCCCCUCAAGAUGUUAAGAGAAGAAACAGAAAUGGAACCAGGAUUCCAGUCUGUGUUUUAACUUAUUCCUGUACAGUGCUGCUUUCGACGCAGAAUUAAUACAUUCCUGGCUGAUUCCCGACCAUAUAUCUGAUCCCCCCCACUUUUUCCUUUAUUUCAUUUUUCACAGGCUGCUACGGGAACAAUGGAUCAGAGCCAAAUAUGAAAGGAAAGAGUUCAUUUACAUUGAGAAGCAGGAGCCUUACUCUGCAGGUAGUUGGGCGAAGUUUUCUGAGUUCAAAUGUUUCUAUUUAUUGUUCAAAGGUAUCAUUUAGCUGAAUUUGUUUAAAGGCUCGGUUCAGAUGCAGUGGGAUGCCAUGGUGCUGACUACAAAAAUUAGUACUGGCAAGCAUCUAGCUUAUGCAGCCCCCCUCCUCUCUCCCUCCUUUUUCAGUCCCCAAAGAAUGAGGCUGGAAGCCAUAGUUUCCCAUGGUGUCACAUUUCCUCAAAACCCAAGUGUCAGGGGUUCUGGGACAGAGGCACAGGGUAGGCAGGAGAUGGAGAGCGAUGGGGAGGAAUCCCAGGACAGCGAGGAAGAGGAUGACAAUGACUCUAGAGAUUCCAUGAGUCUUUCCAGCGAAUCAGAGGAUUCCCAGAAGGGGGUGCCGGUGGUCAAGCCCAGGGGAGCCCCAGGGGGGACGUGUCAGGAGCAGGGGGCCAGCUGGGCAUCCCAAAGUGGCAGCUGGGUGUCAGGACCAGCCUCCCCGCCAGAGUGCAGCGAAGGGGUGGAAGUUUCAGUGUGUCAGGGAAGCGGCUCCGGCAGUAGAGAAGGAGGGAGGUCGGAGCAAGCCAUCCUCCCGGAAGGAGGGGAGCAGUGAAGGGAGUAGUGUAGCUGUUGAAAGGAAGGUUAGAGGCUGGGCGCGCGCCAGGUUCAAAUGUAGAGGCGCGCGGAAGUACAGGGAGCCCGGAGGAGGGGCCAGGUCCCAAAGCCCGCAGGAGGGCCGCAGAGCAGUCUGAUUCCGCGUCAGAGGAAUCCAGGAGGGGCGAAACCCCAGCGGGCAGAAGGACCCUGCGGAAAAGGAAAGAGAGAGAGAGGUGGAGCAGCGCAAGCUUCUUAAAUUGGUGCAGGGGAGGGACGGAUUCAGAGGGGACUUCAGCGGUCUAAGCGUAGCAGACGUAGGGCUGCGCGCCUAGGAUGUCAAGCAAACAAUGAACUGCAAUAAACACUUUUGUAUAUAAGAAGACAUAGGCGUUGGUCUUUUGUGAGCUGAGACUUGAGGCAGCCCUGACACCAAGGAAAAUGUGGUUUGUUUAAACCAGGGUUUCCCAGACUUGGAUCUCCAGCUGUUUUUUGGCUACAACUCCCAUCAUCCAUAGCGGUUAGGGAUGGUGGGAAUUGUAGUCCAAAAACAGUUGGAGACCCAAGUUUGGGAAACCCUGGCUUAAACUUUGAGGCUGUUUUCCUCAAAUCGUGCCCACCUACCAAUGUACAACCAUGAGCCUUAAAUUGCUCUCCCAAUCGUGCAUUGGCAAGAGAAAGCAGGCUUUGACUGUAAACUGCUGGAUCGGACAUGAUGUUGUCAUUGUGACACCAAGUGAUUGACAGGUGGGUAGCUCCACCCCUGGCAAAUUUGACCCGCAAUGCUAGAUCUGAAUAAGUAUCUGGUCCAUGGAGCCAAAAAGUUUCCCCCAUCCCUGGUUUAAACCACAUUUUGAUCUGGGCUUGUUUUCAUCAACCAUCGUUUAAGUUAGGGGUAGCCAAUAUGGUGCUUUCUGAAUGUUGCAGAACUUCAACUUCCAUAAUCCCUGACUAUUGUCCAUGCUGUCUAGGGUUGAUGGGGGUUGGAGUCCAGCAGCAUCUGGAGGGGCCCACAUGGACUGUCCUUGGUUUUUAACUAACCACAGUUUGCACAGCUUGGAUAUCGCAAGGAAGAAGCUUCUCAUCUCCUCAAGCGUACCAAAGAGGAGGGAAGGGAAAGGAGCAGCACCGGAACACAGAGCUUACAGCAGCUUGUGUUUUAAGGCAAGGGCCUAGCUCAGGGGUAGAGCAUCUGCUUUGCAUGCAGAAGGUCGCAGGUUCAAUUCCUGGCAUCUCCCAGUAGGGCUGGAAGGGUCCCUCUGCCUGAAGCCCAGGAGAGAGGCUGCCCCUCGCUCUCAUGGCCUGGCGGAAUGGCUGUUGUAGAUGACAGUUGAGGGUUGGGCUUGAUGUUGCAGGCUUUAAGCUAGAAUACGAUCCCGGGCCAUUGGCCCAUCUGGUCCAGCAUCCUCUUCUCUCAUUGGUCAACCAGAUGUCUUGGGGGAGCCUUCAAGCAGGAGGUGAGCUCAGCAGCACUCUCCCCUCUUGCAAUUCUCAGCAAUUGGUGAGCAGCAGAGGCAUACUGCAUAUGUAAAAAAGAAAAAGAAAAAAGGUAAAGGACCCCUGGAUGUUAACCAGUCAAAGGCGACUAUGGGGUUGCGGCGCUCAUCUCACUUUCAGGCCGAGGGAGCCGGUGUUUGUCCACAGACAGCUUUCCGGGUCACAUGACCAGCAGGACUAAACCGCUUCUGGCGCAACGGAACACCGUGAUGGAAACCAGAGUGCAUGGAAACACCGUUUACCUUCCUGCCACAGCGGUACCUAUUUAUCUACUCGCACUGGUCUGCUUUCAAACUGCUAGGUUGGCAGAAGCUGGGACAGGGCAAUGGGAGCGGGGAUUCAAACCACCGACCUUCUGAUCGGCAAGCCCAAAAGGCUCAGUGGUUUUAGACCACAGCACCAGCUGCUAAUAUCCCUUGUCAGCCUUAUCCUCUGUGAACUAAUCCCAUCCCAAGCCAUUCAACUUGGUGGCCAUCUCUGUCUCUUGUGGGAGAAAAUCCCAUAGCGUAAUGAUGUACCGUCUGAAAGAGCACUUCCUUUUUAUCUUCCCCAACAUUCAACUUCGUCAGUCUGGAAGGAGGCCUGCCAUGGAGGAGGCUUCUGAAUGCAAACAUUUGGCUGCAAAUCCAGACAGCGUCUUACGUGCGCCGGGGACAAUCUCUUUUUGGUUGUGGCCGCCAAUGUGGGAACGUAUUGGGUCUGACGUUUGGCUUCCCCUUCUGUGAGUGCUGGGAAGUCCGGGGUUGCCUUUGUCGAGUCAGCUUCCCUUGUCGGAAGGAGCAUUUGAGGCUUGUGGGCUUUGGUAGAAGAAGAAGAAUUCUGCUUGUAAAUGUGUUUUAACAGUGGUUCUCAAAGGGUGUAGUGCACCACGUUGGUGUGGCAGGAGAGGAUGGCAAGCGUGGCAGGAAGACUCGAAGACAAUAUUAUAUUUGAGGAAUGGUUUGUGUUCUUAUGUAGCUGCAUUGGUUUAUACUUUUGGACGUCCCAUUAUCAUAUUAUAAAGUAGUUGUGUUUUAUAUUAUAAAUCAGGCACUGCUAGGAGUUGCUUCACCCCCUCCCCCAAUAUAUUUCAUAUCAAUUAAAAUUUUUGUGUGGCGCAACCAAAUUUUUAUUCAGAAAGUGUGGCCCAGAGAAAAAAAGUUUGAGAAAAUAACUUAAUCUCAAAAAGCAGCUUGGUGGUUCCCUCACUGCGAGAAGUGAGGUUACAGGGAACCAGGCAGAGGGCCUUCUCGGUAGUGGUGCCCACCCUGUGGAAUGCCCUCCCAUCAGAUGUCAAGGAAAUAAACAACUAUCUGACUUUUAGAAGACAUCUGAAGGCAGACCUGUACAGGGAAGUUUUUAAUGUUUGAUGUUUUAUUGCAUUUUUAAUAGUCUGUUGGGAGCCGCCUAGAGUGGCUGGGGAAACCCAGCCAGAUGGUUGGGGUAUAGAUAAAUUAUUAUUAUUAUUAUUAUUAUUAUUAUUACUACUACUACUACUACUAUUACUACAUAGUCCUUUGCAGGGGAUCCUGGGACAAUGUUCAGUUCCCCUCAAACCAGGGGUGAGGAAGCUUCAGGCCUUGAGGCCAGAUGUGGCCGUCCAGACCUCUGUCUCUUGGGACUCCGUCCAGGCCAUGCCCCCCACUGACCCCAAUUUGACCCCUUUGUGAGUGUUCUUGUCUGGCUGGAAAUGUGCCCUUGAAUCCUGAUCUUGCCUCUUGCUUGCCCAGGUGCUGGGUAGAGAGAGCCUACUGUAGAAAGGCAACAUUUGCAUCCAUUGCCCCACCCAUCUCUGCCUCUGGCCUUGCCCACCGCUCUUGAAGGUUGCUCAGGUGGGAAUAUGGCCCUUGAUCUGAAGAAGCUCCUGUCUUGCCUUGAAGCAACCAUGACAGUGGAGGCUGGUCUAUCAGGGCAGGCAAGAGUUUGCCCCAGCAACCCUAGUCUGCUGUAAGGGUUACAAGGGGUUGCUCGAGAGCAAGCAGGCAAAUGCCUCCCUGCUUGGCUGUGAAGCCUUGCUUUUGAUGCCAAAAUAAACUUAUCUGUCCGGAGCACCACUCUCCCGUGGCUGGCUCAUUCACUGCCAGAAUCCGUGAGUGGGUGGGGCUUAAACUUUCCCCAGCAAACUAGUUUCCUGACGCCCAGUCUGCACCUCCCCUCUCGGCGCGAAAGCUUACUGCGCAAGGUGGGCGUGGGUAACGGAGGACCUCUCUCUUCCCCGCUUUGCCCAGGCAAGGUGUCCUGGCACCGCCUCGCCUCCUCUGAGCCCUGAAGCUCUUCUCCACUGGAGGCAUGGUUACUCUCCUCCGCUGAGGAGGUGCUGCUUCCCACGAUCUUUGGGGGCUCUCUGUAAUCCAUCUGGCUUUUCCCCUCUCCCCCCUGAGCCGAUGGCAGUUCCCUGACAUCUGCUUUCAGCCUGCUCCCACUUGCCAGCCUGUGCAGCCUAGGGCUGGCUGUCAGCUUACUCCACCUCAGCCUUGCCCUUGCAGAACUCGGCAAGGAGGAGGAUGGGGACAGGAGAAAUGGGUUUGUUGCCCAAGACCUUCCUGUCCACUGUAAUCGUUCAACCUGAAUUUGUGCUGGCAAAUGUGAUUGAAUCCCAUCUGAAAAUAGUGGCAGCCUGGAAACAUCUUAAGAAGUUUUAUUUACAAUGGAGCUUGACAUUUUUGGCAUCCUUCUGUCUCAAAUGACAAUGGAGUGUGCCUCCAGGGGUGAAGCCAAACCGGUGUCAGUAGCACCAAAGUGACCUCCCUGGGACACAAGCCUGGGCAGUGUGCAUGGAGAUCCUGGGCUGCCCACAUGACAGGACACCUCUGUUGGCUGGGCUGAUGUGGUCCAAAGGAAAGCAGAGCAAUACCUUUGGCAUCAGAUUGGCUGCAGGAGUUGCCGGAAGGAGGCAUACAAGAUUGCAGAGGUUUGGGAUCAGAGUUUUCCUUCUCCUAGAUGGGUUACCAUCCCAGGUUGAUUGGCCCCAUCAUUGGCCUUUCACUUCAUUCUACAGCACAUGCAGGAACCACCUUCUUGACCGUUGGACCCACUAUUGGUUUCAUUCGCUCAAACCACCAGAGCCUAUCUUUGCAUGCAAGGGAAACUUGAAAUAUGUGUGUACAGUGGUACCUCUGGAUGCGAACGGGAUCCGUUCUGGAGCCCCGUUUGCAUCCUGAAGCGAACGCAACCCGUGUCUGCACGUCCGCGGGUCACAAUUCGCCACUUCCGCGCAUGCGCGUGACGUCAUUUUGAGCGUCUGCGCAUGCGUGAACGGCGAAACCCGGAAGUAACGUAUUCCGUUACUUCCGGGUCACCGCGGAGCGUAACCCGAAAAUGCUCAACCCGAAGCUACUUCAACCCAAGGUAUGACUGUAUGUGUAUGCAUGUGUGUGUAUCUAAAAAGUCUUUUGGGGAUAGACUGUCAAAUGCUAAAGCAAUGCAGUUGCAGCUCAACUGACAGUUGUACCUUAGUAGAUUCUUGGGAGAGAAAGGUCUUCGCUCAUCUCUGAGGCUCCAAAGCCCAAAUGUGCUGGGAUGCUUGAAGGAGGAUCCUAGAGGGAGAAUAUGAAUAAGCACCAAGGCUGCCCCAGGGGUGAGCAAGAAACAACCUCUAUCUGGGGACCACACCGGAAAGAGAAGUUUGGAAGCCUUGCAGAGUUCCUUGGACAGCUGUCAAAAAACCCUCUCUUCCGCUUCGCUGAUCUUCACGGCAACCCCAGACUUGUGUUUCUGGAGGAUACGCAGAGCAACAGUCACAGCAUUCCCAAUGGUUGAGAGUUGACUUGGGGCCAGAUGACACAGGGUAGUUUGACCCAGACAUUUUAUAAUAUUCUAAAAAUCCAGCUGGAGAGGCUACAAACUAAAGUGGAAAACAAGCACUGGGUUGGUUGCUCCUUUCGCAUUGCUUUUGCUAAAGAAUUGGCCUUCACUGCUUUUUUUCUGUUUCCCCUGUCUUCACAGGGGAAAAUAAUAAAACAGUUGCAAUGAAAAUGCAUGCUGCUGAGGGUUUGUUGCCGAGGCAGGCAGCUGUCGUGGGUGCUCCAUAUCCUGCCUUUUUUGGGCUAGAUGACCUCCAGUGCCAUUUAUGAUUCUAUGGGUUUGUAUCCAGCCAAGUUAGAAAUUGAGUAGGGUUGGAAUAAAGCUUUCAAUUUUGGUUCCUCUCAUUUUCUCAUCUUUCCAAUCUUAAACUUGGUCCAUCCCAUUUCCACAUCACUGCAAUUCUCUCUCUCUGUGUGUAAUUUUUUUAAGUUCUCAUGAAAAUUCACCAGCAUUUUAACGUGCAUUUCUCUGAAUAGUCACAUCGUCAUGUGCAAUUUUGUCUAAUACACAUAUUUUUGCAAAGCAAUUCCCCCCAGUAUAGUGCACCUUGGUAUGUUGUUUUCAGUAACAAAUGCAUUUAUAUGCACCAUUUAGCCUAGCUUUUUUGUACAGAUAACUUGGACCAAGGAACUGCUUUGCAAAAUUCAAAGAAGUGCAUUUUUAAAAAAAUGGAUUUCUGUGUUUCAGUUGACUUAUUGUUUCGGAAAACACAAAUGGGGUAGGUUUGCCUUUAACCACAAACUAAAUCAAAUUCCUCCCCCAUCCCAUACUUAGAGUAGACUCCUUGAAGUAUAUGGGCCUAAGGUAGUCCUGUCCAUUAUUUCUACUGGGUCUAUUCUGAGUUCUGGCUCCACCCCCUUUUUAAGCUACCAGAGCGGACUUGAGUGAAGCUUGCUUACUUUUGGUCCACUCCUGUGGCCCCGCCCCUGGCCCCAUCACGGAUUGGCUCAUUUAAACGGGUUUGGGUGGGAACCCCCAAUGCAGCAACGGGAAGGCGGGCUGGCUAGGGCAACCCAGUGUGUCUUCAAGAAGAUAGGGAGUGCGGGCGCCAGGCUGCAAAUAAUCCACCUUGGAUUAUUCUGAGUUCGCUGAGCAUUGGUUUCUUAUGAAUUUUGUAGGGGCUGCAAAAUCCCCCCUCACGCAACUCAUUUGGCUCAUACUCCUCUGACAAUAGUUGGCUUCAGUGACCGGGGGCUUUGUUUGGUUUUUCCUUUUAAUAGAAUAAGCUCUGCUGCUUCCAUUCUUCCAAAAGCCCCCAAAUUAAUGGAUGUAUUAGGCUCAUUGAUUCUGGUGUGAGGAGCCAGUUCCCACUAGCUAAGUAACAGAGUGAUUAAAUGCUUCAAUGCCCUGCUAUUGAUCCCAAAGUUAUGACUUUUUUCAUCCAAGUGAGCUGUUUUCGUUUUGAACGUGGUAUAUUAAAGACAAAUAAUGUGUUCACGCUGUCCAAACCUUAUGAAAUGGAGUGUUAUUUACACCGUAUAAGCCAUUUUUAAAGCAUUAGGAGUGUUCACUGCCAUUGGAUGUGUUGGAUGCAAUGGCAACAAGUAAUUUUCCUACCCUUAAAGCCAGUUAUUGAGCCCUCCAGACAUUAUUCUGCACUGUUCUUUCACCAACAGUGCAACUCUGCAUUUGUCUACUCAGAAGUAAGUCUCAUUGAGUUCAAUGGCAAUGGCAAUUUCCCCCAAGGAAUUGUUUAUAGGAUCCCAACCUGAGAACCUUUGUGGUUAUGAAGUGUUGGAUCACAGAGAUCUGGGUUCAAAUCCCCAGUGGGUUGGGAAAGUCCUAUACAACACACCAUUCUGUGGGAUUAGAAUUGCAGAUAUAUUCUGAGCUCAAUAACCUUUUUAAAUGAUUGGGUGAACACUGUCCAUAAAAGGUGUUCUUUUUAACAUGUAUUAUUUUCCCGUUCUGUCAGUUGCUGGUUUUCUAGAGAGUUCCCAUUUCUGCAGUGGUGUUAAACCUUUGUGUUGCUGAACUUCUCUCCAAAACACCAUCUUGGUGACCUCAACUUUAAAUCUAUGCUUGCUCUAGAAUGCUGUUACAUUUGGGAUAGGGAAUCUGGUUCCUUGCAGAUGCUACUGAACUAAAAACCUCAUCUCUCCUAGCCAGUGCCUAUCCUAGCUCAGGUUAAUGGAAGUUGGAGCCCAACAGAACUUGAAGGGGGUAAAUAGAGCAAUUGUAAGUGCUGGAUGAAAUAACUAUAGACUUGCAGCCAUUAGGCAACGAAUAUUCUAUUGGGUUUAUUGCUGUGUUAUCCUUCCCAUUCUCCAAGGAACUCAAUAUAAGCAUUCAUGCUCCACUCAUUUUCAUCCUCACAAACAACCCUGUGAGGUAGGUUAUUGACUGGGCCAGAGUCCCCCAGCGAGACCACAUUUGCACUAUAAAUUUUAAGCUCUAUAAUACGACUUUAGACAGUCAUGGCUAACGCCCCCCCCCCAAUAAUCCUGGGAACUGUAGUGUGUUAAGGGUGUUGAGAGUUGUUCCUCUCAUGGACCCCUGCUACAAUUCUCAGAGUGGUUUAACAGUCAAGCCCUCUUCCCAGGGAACUCUGGGAAUUGUAGCUGUAUGAGGGGAACAGAAGUUCUCCUUGCAACUCUUAGCAUCAUUGACAAACUACACGUCCCUGGAGUCUUUGGGAGAAUCCAUAACUGUUGAAAAUGGUAUUACAGUGUUUCAUAGAGUGUAGAUGGGGCCUGAGUUUCAGGGUUGAGUUGGGCUGAGGCCUCCUUUCCCUAAUCUGGCAUUCAAAACCCUAUACAGUGGUACCUCGGGUUACAUACGCUUCAGGUUUCAUACGCUUCAGGUUACAUACACUUCAGGUUACACACUCUGCUAACUUAGAAAUAGUGCUUCAGGUUAAGAACUUUGCUUCAGGAUAAGAACAGAAAUCAGGCUUCAGCGGCACAGCAGCAGCUGGAGGCCCCAUUAGCUAAAGUGGUGCUUCAGCUUAAGAACAGUUUCAGGUUAAGUACAGACCUCCAGAACGAAUUAAGUACUUAACCCGAGGUACCACUGUACCACACCAUCUGUUGCCUAACAACACUGUGGCCUUUUGCAUUUUUCGUGUAGCAUUUAAUACAGCAAAACCUGACGUUUGCUUGUGCAAAGUACAGAUCUGAAUCUCCAAAUCCCAUUAAGUCCUCUAUCAGAUGAUGGAAGUGCAAUCUGCAUUAGGAGAAGAAUCAGAUACGUUACCAUUAAAGUUCUCCCAACAGGAUAAAAUAACACUUUUCUUUCAUCACCUUAACUUUUAAUCCUCAAAGCACUCUGAUUCUCGGAAACAACUUUUCUUCAUGCCCAGUGAUAACUGCUGUUAUGAGAGGUGGGUUUGUGAAUUAGCUUAGAUGGCUUUAGAAAAGGGAAUUAGACUAAUCCCUGGUGUAGGAGAUUGGUCUAUCUAUGAUACUAAUGGCAAACUCAUUCCCAAAUUGGCUCCGAAUGGCGAUUGCAUUCACAUUUAAAGGCAAACCUUACUGAAGAUAUUAAUAUUGCACAGUUUGAAGUGACUGGAAGCAUAGGAACUGACUCCUUUUGGAAGAAAACCAUAAAAACAUUAUUACAUUAUUCAAAGUUUUCUUGAAGAACUCUUCAAAACAACAACAACAACAACAACAACAACAAAAGACAUAACAUGAUACACCCAAAACAUCCAUACAAUGUUUUGUGCUGUCCAGCACAGUCUCAGCAUUUUAGAAAGAAAAGAUAACUCCAGAAAUCAAAACGGUAUCUCUCUCCCCAAUUCCAGCCUGCCUUAGCCUUCCUAAGGCUAUGCGGCUAUUGGAGAGCCAUUAACAUCCUUUUUCUCUCUGUGACAUUCAGAGAAAGACUAAAGUCACCACCCUUUCAAGAUGGCGAUUUGCAACUCAAUACCUUUUCACCUGACCUAAGGUUACUAUGAGGCCAAUAGGAGGUGGGGACAGAGAAAGUGUCAGGCAGGAGCCAUCCCCUGACUGGUUGCAAGUACAUAAUAAAAAUAAUAAAAAAUACAGGUCUGUGUAAGCUUUUCUGGACAAAAAGGUUUGAGGUCAGGUGUUGAAAACAGUGCAGUGAAGGUGCCUGCCGCAUAUCAUAAAAUAUAAAUCCCCUUCAGACGCCCUGCAAAUCUCGCUGAUGUCACUGCUGCAAAGACUCUUUUUUUCUUAGGAAGGUCAUGGACUGCAGUCUUUCUUCCUCACACUGAGGUUCCAAUAAGUAUAUAAAAACCAGAAAGUGUGUGCACCGUAAAUAGUCUUGCCUUUACUCUGAGGCCAUAUAUUUCUGUUGACAUACCACAGUGUCAUCGCUCUAGACCAUUUUAUUUUUGUCUCAAGCAGACGAAGCGGCGAGCAAAGAAAACCACAAGAGCACUAUUUGUGUAGGGGAGGCUUCUCCCAGUCUGAGCUAUAGAACCUUGAACACUGGGCAGAAGAAGACAAUCGAAACCUUAAAUUUAUUUGGAGUACCUUCCCUAUUUGGGGCCGUUUAGCGUAUGGGGUGAGGCAAGGCCUGGAUGGGGGUGUGUGUGUGUGUGUGUGUGUGGAAAGAUGGCAACCAUGGAGGAAGGCUGUUGUGCUCAUGUUCCAGGCUUCCUGAAGGUAUAUGAAUGGCAACUUUGAGAAGACAUUUGAUCUGAUCCAACAAGGUUCUACUAACAUUCUUAACCAUAAAACUGGAGGCCAUGGAGGGGCAUAGGUGCUCCCUAUGCAUAAAGGGCUUUUGUUUGUUUGUUUAGGUGUUUUGAGGCCAGAAGUGAAAAAGCUUCACCCAUUUGCCUAGGGUCACAACCUUGCCCUACAUUUGAAGCUCUCAUAUAUGACUUCAUCGGUCAUAAUGGCUUUCCCCCCAAACAUCAUGGGAACUGUAGUUUGUGAAGGGUGCUGGGAAGUGCUGGCCCGUGAGGUCAGCCCCUUCACAAACUACAGUUCCCAGGAUGCUUUUGGGGAAGCCAUGACGGUUGAAGUGCUGCAAGAGUGCUUCAGACGCAUAGUGUGGAUGUUCCCAGGUGGCCCUCUGAUGGCAGGGAACUGCGACUUGGGAAAAAUCACAGUUUGUUCUUCAGAGAGCUGAGGUGCUUCAAAAGAAGGCUGCUUGUUUCACCAGAGGACAAAAUAAAUCUGUGCCACAGUCAGUGAUGCUUUUGUUGUCCUACUUUCAAAUCCUUUUAAAAAAUCCAGAGGGGCAGCCGUUUUUAGUCUCCAGCAGCAAAAGCCAUCAAAGUGUCUUUGAUAUAUUAGAACAUAAACUUUAUUUAUUAUGCCACAAGCCCAUAAAAAGCUGGUGCCGUAAGCUUGUUAGUCUUUAAGGUGCCACGAGGCUCUUUGACACUGUUCCAGUUCUGUAGCUCAGGGGUAGAACAUUUGCUUUGUGUGUAUACUGUAACAAACCACAAUUCCCAGGAUUCGGGGGUGGGGGAGAGAAGCCUGUGGCUAUUUAAAGCGAUAUGAUGCAGCUCUAAAUGUACCGUGCAGUGCUGGAUUUACGUAUAAGCUAAACAAGCUAUAGCUUAGGGCCCCAUUCUCAUGGACCCCCCAAAAAAAAUUAAAGGGGAAAAAAACACUGGAUGUACAUUUCCAAAAUAUAAGAUAAAAAACAAAUAAAAUAAAACCUACAUACAGCAACAGUGUUUUCUAUUGUGUAGGCUCCUAUGAUGUAAAUAAUGGGCCCCACCUGCUAGCUUGCUCCCUAAAAUAUCCCUGGUUUGCUCAUUUCUAUAUAUAGGGUGCCUACAUUCUGCAUGGACUGGUUGCACGGCAACAUGUGCAGAUGGCUUUAGAUACCUAUUAGGUCCAUAAAUUACCAUAUAGCAUAUACUCAACACAAAAAAACAGCGACAAUUUGUUGUUGACAAAGGACAGCUGGACAUAUAAAGGGCCCCAUUACCUUCAGUAGCUUAGGGCCUCAUCAAACCUAAAUCUGGCCCUGACCGUGCUGGUGGGGCCCAAUCUGAGCAGACCCUGAUCCAAAGUGCUAUAAGGAGGUCAAGAUGGGGCUGAAGAUUCCAGGCACCCAACACACUUAUUGCCUUGCUUUGGGCGCAAAACAUGCAAUAGAACCCGCUGUCUUUGCUGCAGUUUCAGUCUUCCUUUUUAAUCAUUUUUAUUAGUUUUUGCAUAUAUUUUCCAAACAAAACUUCACAUCACAUCAUCCACAUUUUGGUUAUUAUAGCCUGAGACUUCCGUCAAUCCUGUCUAGUGAUUUUCAAAUUUGUUAUCUGAUCUUGCAUUUUAUUGUUAUAAUUAAUGCUUUUAAACUUCGUUUCCUAAUGAUUUCCUUCCUAAAUCAUUUUAGAAUCAUUUAUAUAGUCCUCCUUACAAAACUUAUUGUAAACCUACAAGCGAUGUUACAUUAAUGCUAUUGCCUUUCAAAUAAAUCAUAUAUUUCUUUCAAUCCUUAAGGAAGUCCUGGUUUUUCUGGUUCCGAAUUCUCCCAGUCAACAGUUCUUCAUACACCAUCAGUUUUAUUUGCCACUCCUCCUUUGUUGGUAAUUCUUCCUGUUCCCAUCGUUGGGCUAAUAGUACUCUCGCUGCUGUAGUUGCGUAUCAAAACAAGUUUUUAUCCUGUCUAUUAAUUUCUGUACCUACAAUACCAAGUAAAAAUGCUCCUGGUUUUUUCACAAAUGUAUAUUUCAACAUUUUCUUCAUCUCAUUAUAUAUCAUUUUACUUUCUUACGAGCCCACCAUAUAUGGUAAAAGGUACCUUCUUUUUCUUUACAUUUCCAACAUUUAUUGCUUACUUUAUACAUUUUGGCUAACUUUACUGGUGUUAUGUACCAUCUAUACAUCAUUUUCAUUACAGUGGUACCUCUGGUUGCAAAUGGGAUCCAUUCCGGAGGCCAGUUCACAACAUGAAAAGAGCGCAACCCGCAGCGGCGCGUCUGCGCAUGCGCGGGUUGUGAUUCGCCGCUUCUGCACAUGCCCGUGAUGUCAUUUUGUGCUUCUGCGCAUGCGCGAGCGGCGAAACCCGGAAGUAACCCUUUCCGGUACUUCUGGCUUGCCGCGGGACAUAACCUGAAAGAAAGUAACAUGAAGCGGACGUAACAUGAGGUAUGACCGUAUGUUUUCUUUCAAAGCAUUACACGCUGUAAAGUUUAAACCUUCUUUCCAUAGCUUUUCCCAAUCUUCUAAUUGUAUAUUGUAACCAAAUUCUUUAGCCCAAUGUAUCAUUGCUGACUUAACCUCUUCAUCUUUCACAUGCCAUUCCAAUACAUGCAGUUUCAGUCUUCCAUCCUGCGGACCAACGGAACAGUAAUACUAUUGUUAACAAAGUGGUGGGCGCAGGACUGGAAAUGGUGCAGCUGGGUACAUGGCGGCUGGUGGCAUUCAGGGCCUCGAGGGUUGUGUUGGGAAACACACAACAUCUUUCAAGGCGUCCGGCCCAACAAGAACCUUGGCAUUUACGGUUUCCCAUUGUGUCCGUAUGAUCUAGCGCACAGACCCUUGUUUCAUUCCUUGGCUGUGCAAAGCUGGGCCAGGCCUCGGCGGUUCUGUCCGCCCAUUGUUCUAAAGGACAACAACAACAAACAAGAAGGGAGCUUGUGGGAAUAUUAAGCAGCUAGCGUAGGAUGAGGGAGCAUUUUUAUUGCCACUGGAGCCCUUGCCCCGAGUUGUGUCUGCUUUCAGAAAUGCAAACCUCCGACGUGUUGCGCCCAAAAUCCUCCAUUCCUGCUAAUGCUGAACUCAGCUGCUAACAUGCCGACAGGAUUGGAACCGUACCAGGGCCAGUGGGAAAUGAGAGGAAGGGGUCAACCUUCUCGGAUGGAUCUUGAGACAGGCAGAAGUUUAGGAAACAGAAACGUCCAAUUGGGCAUCACUCAGCCAGCCUAAUAAGGGCAGAGCAUGCACAGAUGUCUUUAGGAGCCUCUGAAUGUUGAGUUUCAGUUGGGAAAGCAAAAUGGAGAAGGGGAGAGGGGAUCUCUGUGCUUGAUCCUGUAGCAGUUCAUAAAAUCCUGGCUGGUUGAAGCCAUGUACAGGAAUAAAGAAAGGGGGGGGAGUCCAUCUCCCCCACUUUCAAUCAAGUCCAGCUGAACAAUUAGCCUCUCCCAGAGGAGAAUAUUAAGAAUAUUAAGAAUAGCAGAAGCAGUCGAGAAGGAAGAAGAGGAGUUCAGGAUUUUUUUUGAAAAAAACCCCAAUAUUUCCAAAAUAAAUAUAUAAGUUGUCUGUCUUUGAUUCUUUUACGUGGUAUUUUAAUGUAUUGCGGUACUUCAUGUAUUGUGAUUUGCCCUUAUUUUUAUUGAUCAUGGUUUAGUAAUUAUUUAUUGUUAAUAGGGAAUUUCUGUUUCAUUAUUACUUGCUGGUGUUUUAUGAGCUAAUUUUAUUGUGUACUAUUAUAUUCUAAUAGAUUAUUGAAUAUUGUUAUUGUUUAGUCACUUAGUCGUGUCCGACUCUUCGUGACCCCAUGAAAGAGUCGGACACGAGUAAACGACUAAACAACAACAACAAUAUUCAAUAUUCUAUUGAAUAUGACUUUAUUUAAUAUAAGCCGUUCAUUUUAAAGUUAUGUUUUAUUAUGAUUUUUUGUAUUGGAUCAGGUUAUUAUAAGGUGUGUGUUGUUUGUUGUAUAUUUUGUUGCUGUAAACUGCCCUGUCUAUAGAAUGGCGGUAUACAAAUUAAAAGUGAAAAUAAAUUGAAAAAUUCAUGCCAAUGUGGUGCCCUCUCACUGUACUCCCAUUGCCCCCGUCAUUGGUCAUUCUGGGUGGGGGCUGAUGGGAGUUGUAGUCCAAAAUGUCUGACAGGCAUUGGCUUGCCCUGUGCUAGGGUGCAAGGAUGUAGGGCAGCAUAUUGGUGAAUGUCACACAUUAGAUCUGUAAUGUGCAUUUAGAGCACAGGACCUCCUUCAAAGAAAACUAGGAACUGUAGUUUCACCCUCACAGAGCUACAAUUCCCAGCCCCCUUAAACAAACUGCAGUUCCGGGGAUUCUUUGUGUGGGGGCGAGUCAUGUGCUUGAAAUGCACAUUGAACGGUGUAAACCAUGGGUAGGCAACCUAAGGCCCGGGGGCCGGAUCCGACCCAAUUGCCUUCUCAAUCUGGUCCAUGGACGGUCUGGGAAUCAGCGUGUUUCUACAUGAGUGUGGUUUUUUUUUUCAUUUUUAUGGUUGGAAGGGACCCCAAGGGUCAUCUAGUGCAACCCCCUGCAAUGCAUGAAUGGGUCCUUUUAUUUGAAAUGCAUCUCUGGGUUAUUUGUGGGGCAUUCGUUCUGUUUUUUUUUCUUCCAAAAUAUAGUCCGGCCCCCCACAAGGUCUGAGGGACAGUGGACCGCCCCCCUGCUGAAAAAGUUUCCUGACCCCUGGUGUAAACCCAGCAGUUGCUUGGUGUGUGUUUCUGAAUGUCAGCAUUCACACAUUAGAGCGGUCGCUGUUGUUUCCCGCAUUGUACAAAAGGGUACAAUUUAAGGUGUGUGUGUGCGCAUCUGCACCUGUAUUUUCUUUCAAAGGGCACAUUUCUAUAUUGCACCAUUCAGAAAAGAGCAAAAUCCAAAGGAUAACUAUAUUCCGAUCUGCACAACAGGCCAGAAAUUUUGCACUCAGUCAGUUUGCAUUGGAAAUUGCAAAUUCCUCCAUCAUCCCUGCUCACAGAAUAUCUUUUGUGGACGAGGAGAAACAGUGCUGUUCAGGCUGAUAUUUUUGUCAGGCUGCCUGCAAUGCAUUCUUGUUCAGCACUGUACAGGGGUGUGUGUGUGUUUUUUUAAUUUAUAGGUGUAUAUGUAUGCUGGUCUAUGACUGCAAUAAAGAUUUGGAGGUGUAUAUCUUUAUGACAUAAUCUUAGCCUCUGCGAUGUGUCCCAUUUGGAUGGGAAAAGCUGGGUAGAAAUGGAGGCAAUAAAUAAAACUUAUCUACGCACCAGGGGAUGAAAUCGCUGAUGGAAAUAAAAUGUAUACACGGGCAGCAGUUGUGCAUGGACUAUAUCCUUCAGCGUUUGGUUUAAAUAUCUUUAGUUCCUUCCUCUAUAUCAUUUUUAUUGUUUAAUGUUAAGUUUUAUGGGGGGACAUGGAGCUGAAAAGAUCAGCGCAGUCGGGAUUGGCACCCAGGGCCGAAAUUACCCUUCUGGGCAAUGCAGAAGUAAAAUCGCAUUGCUGGUGAGGGGAGGGUGCCUUUUUCCCAGGCAGCAGGGGAGCUUGCCAGAAAGCGGACUCACAGCUCCUCCAUCAAUUACAUCAUCCUGCCUUGCAGGGGGAAUGAGUCAUCCAGAGAGGCUGCUGAGUUUCUCGUCCCUGGGCACCAGGGAGCUGGCUCUAAUGCCCAGCGCACGCUUCCCAGGGGGAGGCCUGGUGCCUGGAGGCGUUUGUUAUUUUGCCGUCAAAGAGCAGUGCGCGUGUCAAUGCAGAACACACUUCCUCAGAUAAUAGCUGCAGCCUCCGUCUGCGGCUCAGGUUAGCAGCUCACGUAAAUAUGGUGCAGUGGAAGGGAUCAGAGGAGCCACUGCCAUCUUCAACUUGGUGCCCUCCAGAUGUUUCCUCCUCCCCCCUUUUUAUUAUUACAGCUCCCAUCCUCUCUGACCAUUGGGCAUUGUGGCUGGGGCUGAUGGGAGUCUGAGUUAGAGGCAGGCGAAUCUGCCAGUUUGGGUUUCUCAUGUUUUUCUAAAGAUAAGUUCAGUUCUCCACAUUAGUUUGCAAUUUAAAACACACACACACACACACCCCACACACACCACAAGUCCUCAUGGAAAUCCACCAACAUUUUAAUGUGAAUUUCCCCAAAUAUACACAUUUUUGUGUGCAGUUUUGUUUUGCCUACUAUACACAUUUUUGCACAGAGCUUUCCUCAAAUAGAAUGCAUUUCGCAUGUUAAUGUCACUUAUUAUAUGCACUCCUAUGCACACUUUACAUCUUUAUACACAUUACCUGGCUGGGGAAUUAAUUUUGAAGGGAAUGCCCAUUAGGUGGAUUCACCUUUAAAUGCAAGCUGGAUCUAGGUUCUUCCCCCAUCCCUAUUGUAAUACAAAACAUCAAGAAGGGAUCAGAUUGGGAAAGGCUGAACCAAACCUAAUGUAGCACUUUCACCAACAUGGGAAAGACUGUAGCUUAGUGGGGGUGCAUCUUCCAGCAUGCAGAAGGUCUUGGGUGUGAUUGUCAGCAUCUCCAGGUACGGCUGGGAGAGACCACUGCCCCAAACCCUGCUGCCAGUCAGUGUAGAGUAGACUGUACUAAGGUAGAUGAAUCACUGGUCUGAUUCAGUCUAAUUUGGUAUAAGCCAGUUUCCUUGUUGUUGUUGUUUAGUCGUUUAGUCGUGUCCGACUCUUCGUGACCCCAUGGACCAGAGCACGCCUGGCACUCCUGUCUCCCGCUGCCUCCCGCAGUUUGGUCAAACUCAUGCUGGUAGCUUCGAGAACACUAUCCAACCAUCUUGUCCUCUGUUGUCCCCUUCUCCUUGUGCCCUCCAUCUUUCCCAACAUCAGGGUCUUUUCCAGGGAGUCUUCUCUUCUCAUGAGGUGGCCAAAGUAUUGGAGCCUCAGCUUCAGGAUCUGUCCUUCCAGUGAGCACUCAGGGCUGAUUUCCUUAAGAAUGGAUAGUUUUGAUCUUCUUGCAGUCCAUGGGGCUCUCAACAGUCUCCUCCAGCACCAUAGCCAGUUUCCUAGGUUCCUAUAUAAUUCAGAACCAUGAGGACCCUUACUUCCCUUUUAAGGAGAGUGCCAUAAGCUCAGACUAAAUAAUAAUAAUAAUAAUAAUAAUAAUAUUUAUACCCUGCCCUCCCCAGCCAAGACCGGGCUCAGGGUGGCUAACAACCAAUAAUAAAAACAAGUUGAUUAAAAUACAACAUUAAAACAUUAAAAUGGAGCCUCUUCACAGGAGGAGAAAGGAAAAAAGAAAGGGGGGGGGGAGGGAAUCAAAUUGAUUCUAAGCCAAAGGCCAGGAGGAACAACUGUGUGCUGCGUUGAGUCCUAAGUAUGCCCAGGUGUCCUGAUCCACCGGCUUAUGGGAGUGGUUUGGUGCAGGUAUCUUCUUCUUCUUCUUUGGCGAUCCCUCGUAGCUGAAUAAGAUUGUCUUCCAUAAACACGGUUUUAACAGUGAGUCCAUAAGUGACUGUGGAGGCCAGUUCUGGAUCCACAUGUCCUUCCACAGUGGGGACAUUGGUUUCUGGGUGGGAGUUGAUCACGGUGUGGAUUUGCCAAGCGUGCCUUCCUCUUAGCACGUUUCUUCCUUGCAUCCUGAGUUCAAGCUUCUUCGAAGCUCAUGACACCUUUGGUAAAAGCUGUUCUCCAAGUGGAGCUCUCGCAGGCCAGUGUUUCCCAGUUGUCAGAUUUUAUGCUACAUUUUUUUAGAUUUGCCUUGAGAGAGUCUUUAAACCUCUUUUGUUGACCACCAGCAUUACGAGGAUGCAGGGACACCAAACAAGGAUGCUUUAUUAAAGAAAGGUGUAGACUUACAGCAAAGCAGCCUGCCUUUGCAGAUGCCAGAUGAUCACUGUAGCAAGGAAAUGGCGUGUCCACACCCACCCAAACAAGCAUGCAGACAUUAUUUAUACACAAAGCAGCAUACGUCACUUUGUCCAGAACUGCCCAUUACUUCACUUGACCAGUUGAGGGCAUAGGUGGCAAAUAGCCAAAAUCUUACAGGUAGCUCCCCUUUUCUGGACUCACAGUCCAGCAUCCCAAGGAUAACAUCACAACAAGCCAAUUGCUUUAUAUCAAAGCAAGUGAUUGUAAUCACACCUGAGUUCAUUGCUGCUACAACAACUGCCAGUUAAUUGGGAGGUUAUCUUGAUUAUCAAGAUGACAUCAGCAAAGCUUUUGUUGUUGUUUUUUUAAAUGAUAUUUAUUAAAAUUUCAAAAGAAAAAGAUUACAUUAAUAAGAAAAAUAACAAUAAAGAAAGAAAAAUACAAAAUACAAGGAAGAAAAAACAGUUAAAAACAAUUCCAUCUUUUCAUCACUUCUCUUACGUUUACUUGUUUCCCAGACUUCCUCAUACCUCCCUCUUUUGUAUUCCAAUUCAAUUUGUUAGUUCAGCAAUUCCUUUCCCUCCUUUUUAAUCCUGAUCUUUAAUCUUGAUAUAUUAUAACAUUAAAUUUUUACAUAUUAAAAACCAAUUUUUCCAUAUUCUUUUAUAUCAGCAAAGCUUUUACAUCAGCAAAGCUUUUGGAACAGAUCAUCUUCGGUUCAACACAGCAGGUAGGAAUGUCCUGCCUUUCCAUGAGCCAGCUGGACCAUCCGUAGCGUCCGGCGCGCAAAUUAUCUGGUGGUCUCCUUUUGCAGGUGGGAGAGGAACUUAAGGAAGAGGGAGAAAGCAUCCCAGGUGUUUGAGCUGGAGGCUGCUGAAGAGAUAAAGUCAAGGGAAUUAGGUCACCCUCUAAGGGCAGGCAAGGCUGUAUAUGUUUCAGCGCUGCAGAUGACAAAGCAGAGUUUCAGACAGGGCGCUGCAGAAAGGCUUCAGCCAGGGAUGCUAAUGAGAGCCCUGGAAAAAAAAUAUAGGGCAGAGAUCUGUACGGUAUUCGCCUUUCCCUACUCCUCUACCCCGCUGCUCACAGACAGAUUUCACCUUGAAAUUGUUGGUGCACCAGAUAGCAUCUAUCCCAGCAAUUUCGCCUGCAAAGGAAAACUAUUUGCAUUAUUUAACAAGACGCUGGAUGAGGGAGCCUGUCAGCACUUAACAUCAGAAGAGUCCUUCUGGGUCAUGCCAAGGCCCAUUUGGUCCAGCAUUCUGUUCUCACAGUGGCCAACCAGAUGCGCAUGGGGUGCCUACAAGCAGAGCAUGAGUGCAACAUCGCUCUCCCUGCAUGUGGUCCUCAGUAACCGGUAGCUCAGUCUAGCCUACCUUGCAAGGCUGUUCUGAGUGCAAAACGGGAAGGGAGAGAACAACAUACACCGUAUUUUUCGCUCCAUAAGACGCACCUGACCAUAAGACGCACCUAGUUUUUAGAGGGGGAAUGCAACAAAAAAAUAUUCUUUAAAGGGAGCGCUGAGCAGAGCCUGUAUGCAUCCCAUGCUCUGCUCAGCGCUCCCUUUCACGAGCCGUGUGGAGCGUGUGUGCGGUUCUUGCAGGCUUUUCCCCGAGGAGGGAGAAGGACAGCCCAUCACUGACGGGCUGCCCUUCUCACUCCUCGGGGAAAAGCCCCCAAGAGCCACGCUCCCUUUAAAGAGCUGUGUGGAGUAUCUGUGCGGCUCUUGGGGGCUUUUCCGGGAGGUGGGGGAAAGGGACUGGGGGCUAUCCGAGAAGCCAGAACAGCAAGAGGGAGCGCUGCGCAGCAAUCCCUCUUGCUGUUCUGGCUUUUGGGAUAGCUGCACAGCCUGCAUUCGCUCCAUAAGACGCACACACAUUUCCCCUUACUUUUUAGGAGGGAAAAAUUGUGUCUUAUAGAGCGAAAAAUACGGUACAUGGCGUUGAGACCUGUGAAGGGAAACUGGGAAACUGGAGUAUCGUAAGUGUGGAUGAUUAGUUGAUAAAUGAACUAGCCACGGGGCAGAGUGGACUUGUACAGUACAGGGUUGCCUGUUUUGGUUUACAGACGUCUAAGCAACAUAGGUCCAAGGUACCUUAGGGACCACCCAGUCACUGAGAUCAUCCCCUGAGCUGGCAAGGCUCAUCAGCAGACACCUUCUGCUACAACCUAUAAAUGCUGGCUGGAAACUUCUCUAUGUUGCCAAGCUUAUGCAGGCUGUUAAGAUAACAUCUAUCUGCCAAAACCCCUAUGUCCCUAUUUUCCAGGGACAGUCCCAGAUUUUCAGUGGGUUCUUAUUUGAUCCCGGAAUGUCGUGCUUUUCCUUAAGGCAUCCCUAUUUUCAUUGGAGAAAUGUUGGAGGGUAUGGAGUCAUCUGAUCCCCCGAGCCAUCUGAAGGCAGCCCUGUAUAGGGAAGUUUUUCAAUGUUUAAUGUUCCGUUAUUUUGUUAUAUAUGUUUGAAGCCACCAAGAGUGGCUGGGACAACCCAGUCAGAUGGCUGGGGCAUAAAUAGUAAAAUAAUAAUAAUAAUAAUAAUAAUAAUAAUAAUAAUAAUAAUAGAAUAAAAGGUAAAGGGACCCCUGACCAUUACGUCCAGUCAUGACCCACUCUGGGGUUGUGGCACUCAUCUUGCUUUAUUGGCCCAGGGAGCCGGCGUACAGCUUCUGGGUCAUGUGGCCAGCAUGACUAAGCCCCUUCUGGCGAAACCAGAGCAGCGCACGGAAACGCCAUUUACCUUCCAGCCAGAGCGGUACCUAUUUAUCUACUUGCACUUUGAUGUGCUUUCAAACUGCUAGGUUGGCAGGAGCAGGGACCGAGCAACGGGAGCUCACCCUGUUGCGAGGAUUUGAACUGCCGACCUUCUGAUCAGCAAGUCCUAGGCUCUGUGGUUUAACCCACAGCGCCACCCGCGUCCCUAAUAAUGGAAUAGGAUGUACCUAUUUUCAUUGGAGAAAUGUUGGAGGGUAUGUGUAUGUAAUGGUCAGCGGAUCUCCAAUUUUAAAUGUUUAUGCUGUUUUUAUUGCAUAUGCAUAUGGUUGUCACAGACCGCUUUGGUUUUGUUUUUAAUGAGCAGUGGCACACCAAUAUUUCCAGAAAUAAAAAUAAAUAAAAUCCAGCAGCACUUGAAUGGGGGAGAUGCCUGCUUCUUCUUGACGAGAGAGGCCGUGAGCAUUUUACCAAGCUUUUGUCUGAUAGUUUAGCGAGAAAGACACUUUGGUUGCUGGCUGUAUUUCACCGUAUUGAUUUCCAGCGCCUGGGAAGCAAAAGCUAUCAAUCCUUCCUUUCAAAAUGUUCCUUUGGCUGUGAUGAAAAGGGAAACAAUUCUAUAAGGGAUGGAAAUUUGUUGCAGAUCUCUCUCCCCCCCCCCCAUCAUUUUCUCCUUUAAGCCUUAAAAGGAGAGGUCUUCCACCAGCUAUUACUUGUACCAAGGGUCUUUUUUUUAAUUGUGCAAUUGGACACAAAAUGUGCAGUUGGAAAGUUGAUAAUGUGCAGCUUGAAGAAGGAUGGCAAGAGGAAUUAGACGUGCUAGGCGUAAGCGUUUAUUAAGCCCUUAAAUGGCAGGCAGUGCUAGAGACAGCAGGUACAGAAAUUAGAUGAAGGUAGAAUGAGCCCAAUUUCUACAGUUAAAUUACUCAAACCAUGUUAAAACACUGUUUUCUUUGUGGCCAGAACCUCCUCCUCUUCACCUUCACCUCCAGGCAGGUAAUGUUUUGUCACAGAUUGGAAAUCUUCUUAAAAGUGUUCCCCGGGUGGUUUUUUAAUUUUUGCAGCAGGGGUGGGGGGGCAUUCAUAAAUGAAUCAUCACUGUACAGUAGAUAAGAACUACCAACUUCUAUGGAGAAACUACCCUUGGAAAAGAGUGUGAGCUAGGAGCCCAAAAUGCUUUGUGUCCAUUCAGCUUCUUGCUUCCUCUAGUGUUCGGUGUGUGGUGGGGAAUUUGGUUUUUCGGAACAAAAACAAAAACGCACAUGACUCGCACCUGGCUCCAUGCCUAUGACAUCAUCUUGAAAGCCUUCCUAGUCUGCUUUCUAAACCUGUCAAUAUGCUUCCCUCAGCUCCAAUUGGAUGAGAUUUGGGAGCUGAAGUAGCGGGUUGCUUCCUUCUGAGAAGCGGAGCGCCAAAGUUGUUGAAAGCCAAAUAUGGUGCAUGGGUUUUAAAAUGAUUCGCACAUCUUUCCCUCCUUCUUUGGCCCCUUGUCUAGUGGUGUUGUAUAUGUGAUAAAGGGUGAAGGUAUCUUCCUUUGCUUGCCCCUCUGCUAGUUUGAGUUUGUUGGUUAGAUUUUCUAAUAGGGUGGUUUCCCAUACAUUUUGGUCCCAUACUCACUCCUUUUUUUGUUACACAAGAGAAAAUCUUUAAUAUUAUUAUUAUUAGUAGUAUUAUUAUUAUUACAGUCAUACCUCAUGUUAUGUUUGCUUCAUGUUACGUUUUUACAGGUUGUGUCCCGCGGCAACCCAGAAGUACCGGAAAGGGUUACUUCUGGGUUUCGCUGCUCACUCAUGCGCAGAUGCGCAAAAUGACUUCAUGCGCAUGCGCAGAAGUGGUGAAUUGCAACCCGUGCGGGUUGCGUUCCUUUCAUGUUGUGAAUGGGCCUCCGGUUUGCAACCAGAGGUACCACUGUAUUAUUAUUAUUAUUAUUAUUAUUAUUAUUAUUAUUAUUUUAAGGAUCACUCUUCCCAUCAAAAGGAGUGGUUUUGAUUUGGGACAACACUGCAACAAAGUACACAGCAGCAUCUAGCAAAUGCAUUUUUCACCAUUACUUGGAGAACUGCGCCACAAAAUUGGGAGGAGGGUGAAUGUUUGUUUAAAAAAAUGUGAACUGAAUUGAAUGUCUCCUCUGCCCACUAAUCCAUAUUUAUGAUGCCUUUCUUUGGGAAUCUGAGAAGAAAAUGAUUCUUUCUUCUUUUAAUGAAAUGUCUCCUUCUGAAUGAACAUUCCCCAGCAUUUGAGAUCUACCACUCAGGCACUCUGCAGAAUGACAGUGUUGGAAGGGAACCCCAGGGCUCAUCCAGUCCAACCCCCUGGCAAUGCAGGAAUCACAGCUAAUACGUGAAGCUAAAACAGGAAGUGACUCCUCCUUCCACACACGUCAGAUACAAAACAGGUCAUAUUUUAUUGUCUUUUGAGGGGCCCAAACUGUUAUCGGUGGCCUCCUUCUCACUUUACCGGCCAAGCCUCUGUGAUUCGAGUGUGGAAUACUGCUUAAUUCCAUGUUGCAUCGCACAUGAUAGAUCACAAGGAGGCUGAUGAAGUUCUCCCUCAGGAAGGCUGACAGAAAACAGACAGGUACACAAGCGAUGCCUGGAGGAUAUGGUUGAUUAAACCAUCAGGCUUGCUCAAGAGCUGACAGUCACGCUUCCUGAGCUUUGACAGUUUUUGAGUCUUUUAACAGUUCACUUCCUCGAAUAACAAAACAGAAAGCAGUUUUUCUGCUGGAAGUAUUCAGCCGGGUUGCUCAAUGAGUCUUUUACUGACGUAUGCCAUAUUUUAAAAAGCCUAUUCUGAUAAAUGUCAGUGUGGUGUGGUGGGUAGAGGGUUGGACUCAGGUUCAAAUCCCCACCCAUGAAGCUCACUGUGUGACCUUCGGCCAGUCACAGAACCACAGAACCACAGAAUUGUGGAGUUGGAAAGGACCACAAGGAUCAACCCGUUGCUAUGCAUGAAUCUUUUUGCCCAAUGUGGGACUCGAACCCACAACUCUGUUAUCCCAGGUGCUCAUGCCCUCUCAGCCUUACUUAACCCACAAGGUUGUUGUGAGGGUAAACUUGGGGUGGCUGGGAGAACUAUCUGUGCCGCCUUGAGCUCCUUAGAGGAAAAGUGGGAUUUAAAUGAAGAGUGGGACCAUCAAAAUGUUGCUAAGAGCCUCAUCUGCACGAUGCAUUUAAAGCAGUACUGCUCCACUUUAAGCAGCCAUGGUUUUCCCCCUCCCCAAGAAUCCUGGGAACUGUAGUUGUGUGUGCAUGUGGGUGUGUGAGAGGAGAAGGUUUGUCACUGGCCUAAGAUUUCCCAGGGUGCUUCACGGGUGGAGCUGGAUUUGAACCUGGGUCUUCCCAGUCUUAGUCCAGCACCCAAAUCCUGGGCGGCCCAACUUUUCCUACCAAGUGGGCCACAAGAGUACAUCAACACAGAACCCAUGGGCCGCACACUGCCUUGUUGAAUGGGUGUGGGAGGGAGCCCAAAAUUUCACACACACACACACACACACACACACACACACAACCAGCGCUGAUGCUGCUUUCCCAAAACCAGUUAAGUGAGGUGCCAGGCUUUGGGAAGGAGGUGUGAGGCUCUGGCAAAGUCCUAGAGCCCUCCCACCUCCUUCCCAAAGCUGGGGAAGUGCUAAUUUUCUGAGCUGAGCUUUGCCAUUUUCUGUGAGAAAAACAUGGAAUGGAGUUGAGAGAUGACCUAACCUGGGGAGAAAACAGCAAAGACCUGAUGAAGAGAGCACAGCAGAGGUUAUAUUUUCUGAGAAUCCUCCGGAAAAACAAUCUCUCAAAGGACCUGUUGAUGGCAUUUUACCAUUGUACUGUGGAGAGUGUAUUAACUUAUGGUCUGUGUGUGUGGUUUGAGAGAUGCACGGUCAGGGGAAAAAACAAUGCUGUCCAGGAUUAUAAAGACUGCGGAGAGAAUAAUUGGGUGCACUCUUCCCACCUUGGAUCAAAUCUAUGCUUCCAGGUGCCAUAAGAAAGCUGUAGAGAUAGCGCAGGAUAGUGCGCACCCCGGAAAUGAUCUCUUUCAGCUUCUGCCUUCUGGAAGAAGGUACAGGGUUAUAAAGACUAGGACUAGCCACCUGAGAAACAGUUUCUACCCAAAUGCGAUUUUGGUUUUAAACACAGUGUAAGGAGUCUCUAUGGGAGUAUAUUGUAUUUAAAAAUGGGGUAUCAGAGUUUUUAGGGGGCUAACCAGGUUGGGAUAGCUGCGAUAACAGGCUUGUUGGUUUUUGAAUGUCUUAUAUCAAUUUUUCAAUUUUGUUGUUCUGUAUAGGACAAUGACAAUAAAGAUUAUCGUAUCGGAAGCUGCCUUAUACAGAGUCAGUGCAUUGGUCCACCUAGAUCAGUAUUGUCAACACUGGCUGGCAGCAGCUCUCCAGGAUUACUGGCAGGGGUCUGGAGAAGCCAGGGAUUGGAUCUGGGACCUUGUGCAAGCAAAGCAGUUGCUCUUCUGUUGAGCUGCAGCUCUUUCCCAAAGCAAGCUAUGGAUAGUUCCCCCACCACCACCCUGAUAUUUACAAAUGUAAUGUGACAAGCUAAACUGUUAACAUACUUAUGGAAAUGACCAGAAUACAAUUUGCUUAAUGGCUUUGUUGCGGCCGUUCCAGUUAAAGCCAGUGGAAGGAGUGAAAGCUUCAUCCUGGAUCUGCCUGCUGUUGCCUUGGCUACCUCUAAAUGAAAUUGCACAGAUUCCCAAGACUCUAGUCCUUCAGUCUAAACCACUGAGCCUCUUGGGCUUGCCAAUCAGAAGGUCAGCGGUUCGAAUCCCCACGACUGUGUGAGCUCCCAUUGCUCUGUCCCAGCUCUUGCCAACCUAGCAGUUCGAAAGCACGCCAAUGCAUGUAGAUAAAUAGACACCACUGUGGCAGAAAGGUAAAAGGCAUUUCCAUGUACUCUGGUUUCUGUCACAGUGUUCUGUUGCACCAGAAGUGGCUUAGUCAUGCUGGCCACAUGACCCGGAAAGCUGUCUAUGGACAAACACCAGCUCCCUCGGCCUGAAAGUGAGAUGAGCGCUGCAACCCCAUAGUUGCCUUUGACAGGACUUAACCUAUGCAUACUAUCUUAAGUAGACUGCUGCUUCCUCCUAGGGAUGCUCCUCUCAGGCUCUUCUUUUCCUGUUCUUAAGUUUGGGUCUCCACAUUUGCCCAGCAGCCAAAAGAUCAGAGCAGCAAAUCUGCUCCACUUCCCAGUGGGGAGGAGUUGCGGUGGACCACGUGGCCACUUAGUCCCCCAUUGCCCGGGGGGAUUCUGGCCACGUCAGAGCCUGGCCAGCCAAUCCGCUGGCUGGGAGGGCAUGGCCGCGACCAUUUAAACGGAGGCGCAAGCUGGAGGACUUCCUCUUUGGCUCGCUUCCUCAAUCAUCCGCCCUCCCUCCCUAUUUUGCAGGUUUAGGCACAGGCCUUGCUAUGGACCUCGGUUGGUCACCGUUGAGGGGCCUGGUAGGAAUUUUUCCACUUGGCAAAUUGGCACUGGCCAUGUGGUUUUCGCCUACCUUGUAGCAGUCGUCACAACUUUGUUAGAGUUGUGGUUAGGCAUUGUUUGACCUUGUGAUGGGGGAGGGGAGGUGUGGCCAUCACCUGCCCCUCCAAGCUUAAGGGUAUUCCAUUAAAGGAAUCUGGGGGUGUUGAUCUUGUCUGAAGCUCGAGUCGGGGGCUAGGGCCACGACACGACCCCGAUGGGAACACCAAGGGGAGCUCGAGUUGGUCUGCAUCGACAGGGCUCCCCCUUCCAGCGGUUUACCCUUACCAGACUUCCUGCGCAGCGGGCAGGAGUCAGAUAUAGUCAGGUCCAUUCAAUGCCUAAACCUAAUACUGCUCACAUUCUGUAAUAAAUAAAGUUGUGGCCAAAUUUGCCCAAUAACAUUAACCUAAUAUCCGUGUCCUUGUGUGUGUUAUUUCUAAACGAGAGGGUGGCUUCGGGGUCUUGAUGCGAAAAUGAGGAUCUGACAUCUAGCCGGAGGGAGACUCUGUGGCAACCACCUCAGUGCCAAAAAAGGUUAAUAAUAAUAAUAAUAAUUCGUUUAUAUGUCGCCCGUCUGACUGAGUUGCCCCAGCCACUCUGGGCAGCUUCCAACAAAUUAAAACAUCAAACUAUUCCCCUUCCCUCUGUUUUUCCUUUCAAAAAGUUGCCAUGGGAAGAAUAUAUUUCUCCGUUCUUCUUUUCCUCCAUAGGGUACCGGGAAGGAUUUCUCUGGAAGAGGGGCCGUGACAACGGGCAGUUCUUGAGCAGGAAAUUCGUGCUUUCAGAACGGGAAGGUGCCCUGAAGUAUUACAACAAAAAUGACGUAAGAGAAUGGGGGCUGGUUCCAAGGGGCUGGUCCUUUUUUCAGUUUUGAAUAGCUAGCAGGUCACGUAAUGGGGCCACGAGGCUCCUGUUGCUUCUUCUUUUUUUGAAAUCAUUUUUAUUGGUUUUACAAAUACAAAGUAUAAAUAAACACAAACUAGUAAAAACAUAUCUGUAUAAGGAGAUUCCCCGGAUCUCGAGACUUCCCCUCAUCCCCUCCAUGGGGGUCUCAAAUUAAACAUCUACAACUGCAUAUUCAUAUGUACUCCAGUUUUUAUAUCAAACCAUAUUAUCCAUAAUAAUUUUUACACUACAAGUGGGUCAAAAUCCUGCUCUUGUUUCCAUCUGCUUACAAUGGUCUCCUGCUAUUAUUUUUAAUGAAAAAAUUAUUGGAUUAUACAUUUUUGUCAUAUUACAACACAUCAGAUCAUCAAACUCAACAAGAUACAUUUCCCCAGUCCCCUCCCCACAACUUCCCUCAACUUCCUCUUCUGGUCCUCCCCCCAUAAUAACUCCCCCUGCUUUCAGAUAUCUUCAUAUGGUAUCUCUAUAUUAAUUGCUUACAUUGGUCUCCUAAUUAACUUAUAAUCCCCCCCCCUUUUAUAACUUCUUGGUUUCUGAGUUUUCCAGUCAGCUUUGCCAUCUUGCCAUAGUCCAUCAGCUUGGUUUGCCACUCCUCUCUGGUAGGGACGAGACUAGUGAUGCUUAUUCACCAACACCUUGCUACCUCAUUUUUAUCACUUACGUAGCACCAUCGGGGGGCUGUGCCAUUGUGUGGAGCACACCAAGGAAGGUCUCAGCCCCAAGGAACUUCAAAUCUAAAAUCUGACACGGGGAAGCAGCAGUGAAAGGCAGGGGGGAGGAACCUUCCUUGGACCGAGGGCCAGACCCCCACCUGGUCCAUCUUCUGGGGUCCAUGUGCUGGUGAUGGGAGGGGCGAGAGGCAAAAGUGUGCAGGGGAGGGGAACUUGUCACUGCAGGAAGAGGAGACACCCAUGCCUCUUCACCAGCCUGACUCAUCUCUGCCUCUUGGCCCCGCUCCUCUCCUGCUUCUGCCUCUGAUUCUGGACUGCUCUCUGCCACAGACUCUCCCAGCUCACUAAGCCCUGUCAUGCCUUCUGACACCUCCUCCCCCCCCCCAGCCUGCUCCCUCUGAGCAAUCAUCAUUGUCCCACCACCACUGCCCGGGCUCUGAGUCUUCUUCCCUGGGGGUUCCCCAGCUGGUUGCUCCCACCACUCCUCUAUGCCCAACCAGUCUGUGACGCUUGUGGACUUCCUGGAAAAGCAGGGACAGAUCCACAGCAUGCACUGAAACACAUCCAGCACACAUUUGAAACACACCACUCCCUUCCAGGAAUCCUGGAAACUGUAGCUUGCUGAGAGUUGUAUCUCUGUGAAGGUGAAACUACAGUUCCCAUGAUGCUGGACUAGGUAUGCCUUUGGUCUAAUCCAGCAGGGUCUCCUACCUGGGCUUGGUCAUGGGUGUAGUUGCACAGGCUGGGUGAGUCAAGUCUUGUUUCUGGCCCUUCUGACUUCCACAUGGGUUCACCCACAAGUUUGCUCAGAAUCUGGAGUCAUCAUCACUACCACGAAUCAGAACGCAACUUCUCCAAAAAGCCCGUCCUUAAGAAAGCCACAUGUUGGCCAUGCCCUGAAAAAUGGAGGUGUGGUUGCACCAGGGUUCCAUAGAAGUUACGUUGCAAGCCGUCCUCUUUUCCCAGGAAGCCAGUUUUAGAUACGACCACCUUUACCGCCCCUUUCUCCAGGGCAUUUCCAAGCUGCACUAUUGCACCCACCUACUCAGGAGUAAGCCCCAUUGAAAUCAGUGCUGUUUGCUUUCAAGUAGACAUGAUUUGGAUUACUCUGUCAAAGGGGAUUUCCCAGUGAGUGGGCUAAGAUGUUGCUGCUCUUUCUUUCACAUGGCUGAAGCCGUCUUGACCCUUGGGGAAGUGAAAGUCCACAGCAUUCCAUCAUGAACCACUGCUAUCUAAUUGGGUGUGGAAGAUGGGUGGAUUCCCCCUCUUCCCGGCUAUUUCAAAAGACUGGUCAUGGUGUUGAUCUCAUCCACCAUAAUAAAGGGAACUGUUCCGUGUAGAUAGAUAAAUAAAACUUUUUUCGCAUUAGCCAAUGGCCAUAGCAACAGUAAAACAUUACAGUAUGCGCAGAAAAGGAAAUUUGAUAUAAAAGCACAAUUUAAAGUUCCAUGUUGGUGAAUCCAUAUGUCAUUUAACUGAUUGUUGGCCUAGCCUACUUAUUUCCAUUUUUUAAUUGACUUAGGCAUUUGAGCUGCUGCCCCAGGCUGCACUUGUGCCAUACAUCUAACACAUACGUCACUUCCCCCAAAGAAUCCUGGGAACUGUAGUUAGUUAAAGGUGCUGGGAACUGUAAUUCUGAGGGGUAAACUACAGUUCCCAGGAUUCUUUAGGAGGAAGUCAUAUAUUAUAAAUGUAUGCCGUGUGCGCAACCACAGACCAAAUAUCUGGGAAUCUCCCAGGGAAAAGGACCAUAGAUCACUGAUAAGUAUUGUAUGCGUUUUGCAUGUAGAAGAUUCAACUCGUGGCAUCUCUAGUGAAGCAGAACAGAGUUUCAGGUUAUAUUGAGUGUUUUUCAAUAGAAUAAUAGAAUGCAUUGCAGGGGGUUGGACUAGAUGACCCUCAGAGUCACCUCUAACCCUACAAUUCUUUACCACUGUACAUUAUCAAGCUAAUUUUUUUUGGGGGGGGGGGACAGAGCACUUUUUUGCACAUUUCUCCGGGGUGUAUGUGUGUGGUCAGGCCCCCUUUGCCCUUCCUGGAGCUACUGGAUCAAGGCUGCACUCUCAGUAAAAGUGCUCUUUUGUUUUGAACGCCUGUGUUUUGCAGAGCAUGCUUGCUGCUUUCGCCUUGGCUUCUUACUGCUCUCGGUUUCCUUUCUCCCCCCCUCUCCCAGGCAAAAGAACCCAAAGCAAUCAUGAAGAUUGAGCACCUGAACGCCACUUUCCAGCCUGCCAAAAUCGGGAACCCGCACGGGCUGCAAAUCACGUACUUGAAAGACAACAGCACAAGGAACAUCUUUGUUUACCAUGAAGAUGGCAAGGUGGGAGCUCUGAAGUAAGAAAGGAGGCUGCUGUAAGAGCCGCCUUGCAUGUGUCAUAAGGAAAGGGCAGUAGAGAGCACCCAUGGGUGGGGCUUGCACAUUCCCCAUGUUUUUUGGCAUCUGUGGCAUCUCUCCCAGCUUUGUACCAUCUGGGCAGAGAAGAAAUAAUUAUAUUGUGAUGGCGAUGAUGAUUUCUUACCUGCUUUUCAAUGACCAGGGUAAAGAGGUGCAUCUUCAGCACAUGAUGACAAUCUAGUCCCAGAUGUACCUCUUUCGGACAAGAGUCCUGCAUUUUAGGGGCUGUUGCAGAGGAGGCCCUCCCUCUGGCUGCCAUUCCCUUAAUUUCUGAGGGUGUGGGACCUACCAAGAGGGCCAUCCAUUCUGUAGAUCUUAAGACUUAGAUAUUGAAUGGAGAUCUGCUGGAGCUGUCCAGCACCUGACAGUGGAGAUUAGGCAACAGACUGUAGGUUUCAACAAAGUGGAUGUAGAGGGCAGAAAAAGGUUUGAAAUCUUCAGGACCUUGGAGAGCUCCUAGGCAAGUUAGAUGUUGCCUUGACAGGAGUCGCAUGCAUGGCAUGAUGUUUGGAGGAACAAAGAAGCUGCUUUAAUACCAGCUCAGACUGUUUGCUCAUUUCCAAUAAAGCAGAUGCUCUUCUGUUGAGUCCUGGACCUUCCUUGCCAUCAUGUUGGGUGCAUCAAAUAUUGCUCAAUGUGUUUUUGUGUCGCACCUGUUCCUGUUGCAAGUGCAAAAUACCAGAUGCAUUGUGAGACCAAAAUAUACAUAGGAGGCUUAGUUUGGUCAGAAUCGAGUAAACACUUCCAGAGUUAAUGCUAAAUACAUUACUUCUGGCAAAUGAGCCACCAUAGCCGGUAGAGGGCCGUGAAGAUUUGUUUCCAGGGCUUUCUGCUACCCAUGUACUAUCUGAAACCCAAGGGGUGCAUUGGUUGCCAGCUGUUAAAUAUAUUGGCAUUAUUUUUAGCUCUCCUACCCCACUAAUAACCCUGGACAGCUGCUGCCAGCCAGUGUAGACCGUACUGAACUAGAUGGACCAAUGGUCUGAGUUGGUAUAAGGCAACCUCCUAUGUCCCUUGUGGGGCUGAUGGGAGUUGGAGUUCAACAACAUCUGGAAAGGGCCACAAGUCCCCCACCGCUGCCGUACAGUAUCAUUUAGUACUGCAGUAUAAUGGCUCUGGAGGAGGAGAAGGAGGAGAAGGAGGAGAAGGAUUCUGUUCUGGGUUACCUGGAGUCAGGAGAUGUCACCUGAUCAGAAAAGGUUUGAGAUCCACCUUGCCAGUCCUCAGUUCCUUUCAUUUUCUUCUUGCGGUUUUCAGAUGCAGAUAGGUCGAUAGAUAUUUGCACCAGCCAUUGCAAUGUGCAUAUAUGCAACUAAGCAGAUCAGAUUCCCAUACUAAAUUAGUGAUACGGCUUAAAGCUCAGAGAGCAUCACUGCGGCCCCUACUUUAGUGCCUGUCGCUAGGAAUAUGUUUGCUAGGAAUAGUUAGUCCAUGCUGUCACCAGCUUAUCUUGAUCUGCAAGGAGAAAAGUCGCAUUGUCAUCAUCAGCUGAGUUCCCUGGGUGAGGUAAUAUUAAUAAAGGUGAUUAACUCCUUAUGCAAUCUCUUUGCAAAGAGCUCCAUAGCAGUGCCCAAAGCAAUGUUCCAGCACCACCAUCCCUGUGUGUGGACAGAUGCUGUUUGUUUUGAGACAGUUGCCCUUUCAUUGACUUGCAGAAAAUAUGCAUAUGCUGCUUUUAUCAGGGUGGAUGCAGAUUUUUUCCACUAUAAUUUGAAGAGAGGUAUCAUAGUGAGGAAAGCUGUGACUGGUCCAUCUGCUGCACAGCUGCUAACUAUUGAUGGGCAAUGUCAAGAGCCCCUCUUGCUCUCCCUUCUUAAGGUCAUAGGAUCAGUGAAUCGCAGAAUUCGUUUUGAAUCCUAGACUCCUAGACCUGUAGAGUUGGAAAGGGACCUUGAGGAUUAUCCAACCUAACCCCCACAAUGCAGGAAUAUGCAGCUGUCCCAUACAGGGAUUGAACCUGCAAACUUGGCGUUGUCAGCACUGUGCUCUAACCAACUGAGCUAUCCUUUUAUUCAGGGCCGUCUUACACAUAGGCACUAGGGGUGCAGGGCACCCAGGCGCUGGGCUCUCAGGGGCGCCAGGCCAAGAGUCCAGGGCCUGAGAGUUGAGUCCAGGGAAGAGCCCGCCCAUCGGUCGGAGUGCAGCAGCAGGCUCUUCUGCUGUGCGCCGCGGGUUCGGGGGCAACUGAACCAGCAAGACGCUGAGGUGGCUGGCCGGCUUUGCCCUCCUGCACGCCUGGGACUGGGCAACCAGGGGUGGGGCUGCGCCGGGCGGAUCUUUGCACCCCGGCGCCACAUAUGCUUAAGACAGCCCUGCUUUUAUUUACACUGAACUUGAACCAGACAGCGCUUCAAGGAUGCCUUCAAACAGAGGGCUACCCUGUGUAAUGCUGUUUGGUUUUCUGGAUUUGACACUUCCCAGUGACUUGCAAAGUGUGCCUUCUAUGAUCUGAUGAGCUUCUUCUUUUUCUUCUUCUUCUUCUUCUUCUUCUUCUUCUUCUUCUUCGAGAUAAACCUGUGCUCCAGUACGGUAGAAGAAGCAAGCAAGGCAGCGUUAGGUUUCCCCAUUUUUGUACCCCAUUUUUUGACAGGGCUGGCAAGCCUUGAUCGGCUCUGAUCCCCGCGAAAGCAUACAAGAGUGAACUUGAUUUACUAGACAGCACUGCUGACCUGCCUCUGCCUGCCCUUUCUCUGUCAUCAGGGCACCUCUUUGUAGCAGAAGCACCCUCUGCAGGCUGUCUCCCAGCCUUGCAGCAAAUCUCAGCAGCAAGUUCUGGCCAGCAGGAGAUUUCUUUAAAUGUGCUGCAUUGAUAAUAUACUGUAAAAGGUUGUUGCUGCCAUUACGCUUCUGGGCUUGCCUUCGAAAUGAAAUCCUCAAAGGUGGUGAUCAAAAAGCUGUAGGUUUGCUAAUACAGUCAAACCUUGAUUCCUGAACGGCUUAGUUGCCGAACAAAUUGGCUCCCAAACGCUCCAAACCUGGAAGUAAGUGUUCCGGUCUGCAAAUGUUUUUUGGAAGCUGAACAUCCGACGUGGCUUUCGCUUGAGUGCAGGAAGCUUCUGCAGCCAAUUGGAAGCCACGCCUUGGUUUUCGAAUGUUUUCAGGAAUCGAAUGCACUCCCGGAAUGGUACUACUGUAAUAUAUAACAGAUUUCUAAUAAUUAUCGUUUUAUGUUAUACGCAUUCUCGGGGCCCCUGCAGACAUCCUUUUGCAUUGCCCAUUCAUGAGGAUUUGUGCUCCUGAGGGAAUUGGAGCAAUGAUACAUGUUCCCGUUUUCAGUACUGUUUAUGACUAUAAAGAUUUUGGGGCAGACGUACUGUUUUGUUUCCAUUCGGUGCCUGUCCUGUAGCUCUCUGCUGAAAUCCUGUAACUUUUCACAUUGCAAAUAAUCCAGGGGUGUUGUUUUCGUUGCACUCUAGUGCAAGAGUGACUCUCCAGAGCCCUAUCUGGACUAUAGUUCUUUGCAGUGGACUCUAGGAAUUGUAGCUCUGUUAGGAAAAUAGAGGGCCUCCUCUCGGCACACUUAACUAGCUACAGUUCCCAGGAUUAUUUGGGAGAAGCCAUGGCUGUUUAAAGUGAAACAACUCUGCUUUAAAUGGAAAGCACCCAGACUUUCCUUGACCGGGAGUACGGUGACAAGUUCGAAUGUGGGCAAAGGAGGGUGACUGAGAUGGUCAAGGGUCUGGAAACUGAGUCUUUUGAGGAAUGGUUGAGGGAGCUGGGGAAGAGAUGACUAAGAGAGGAUAUGACAGCCAUCUUCAAAUAUCUGUUCUGUGGAAGAUGGCGCAAGCUUGUUUUCUCUUGCUCUGGAGGAUAAGAUUCAAAGCAGUGGAUUCAAGUUACAAGAAAGGAGAUUUCUCCUAAACAUUAGAAAGAACUUUCUGACGAUAAGAGCUGCUUGACAGUGGAACGAAUGACCUCAGGAAGUGGUGUGUUCUCCUUUUUUGGAGGUUUUUAAACAGAGGUUAGACAGCCAUCUGUUGGGGGUUCCUUAGCUGUGAUUCUUGCAUUGUUGGGGGUUAGGCUAGGUGAUCCUCGAGUCCCCUUUGAACUCCACAAUUCUAUGAUGGGAUUGGAUUCUGUUAUUACUAGAGUUCUGUUUUUAAUCUCUGUUUUUAUUACACACACACACCGUUUGUAUUUUUAUGUGUUGCUUAGAGAUCUUAAAGGUUUAGAAAUUAUUUUAAAACAUAUGUAUUAGUAAUAGAUAAAAUACACGAGGCAGCUUACAAAAAUAUCAGUGAAAUGCAAAACGAUUAACCUCUCCCCCCCGCCCCCCGCAAGAAGUCUAAUGCAAGAAAUUUUGCCUGAAAGCCAUCUAGCUUAGGCAGGUCCCCAUGAUGCCAGACAUUUGCAGCAUACAGGAGUUCGGAUACCGAUUUUGCGUUGAAAACCCUUAAGGCUGCUGGAACAUAUUUGCUGCCCUUUGUGAAAAAGAAUCUGAGUAUGGCUAGCUUUGUGAUCUCCACCUUUUGAAGGGAGGUUUGCCAGUGGUGCUUCCAAGAUCCUGUAUGAUGGAAUGUGAGCCCUAGAUAACUGAAGUAUUUAAUCUGUUCAAGGUUAUGGCCAUCCAGCACCCAUUUAGACCGGGAGAAGCUUCUUUCGAAUACUAAAAUUUUAGAUUUUUCAUAAUUAAUGGAUAAACCAUUUCCAGAACAGUAAUCAGAAAACUUCCUCAGCAGAUAUUUCAAACCCGGUCUGGAACGUGAGAUGAUGGCCUCGUCAUUCGCAUAUAACAACAAGGGGGUCCUUCUCAAUGCAAGCAAUGAGUCGCCACGGAAUAGAUGAUUCCUAAGCUUAUUAAGGACUGAGCCCCAGCAAACACAGUGGGACUUUGAAGGAAGCGCACGUAAGAAUCGUGGCGAAGACCAGAAUGCUACAAAAGCCUGCAGAAGUAAUCACUGGCAAAUUUAAAUUGCAUUUAAAUUCAGAUCAAAUCAGAGUUGACCUGAGGCUGGUGCAGCAUCUAUGGACGUGCCCGUUGCUAUCACUUCUGCCUCUUUCCCCUCAAAUGUUGUUUUCUUCCUCCUCCCAGGAAAUGGUGGACUGGUUCAACGCCAUUCGCGCCGCUCGAUUCCAUUACUUACAAGUGGCAUUCCCUGGAGCGAGCGACCUUGAUGUGAGUUCCUCUAUCUCUCUCGCCUUUUCUCUUUCUUUCUUCAUUGCUUGAUGUGUUGCUGUCAGUGCCUGGGGAGAGUCCCCUAAAUCUCUUCUGGGGUUUUUCUCCCAAUCCCUGUAGAGCUGAUUUGCAUAACCGGAAGUCCUUGUGGCUGAGAGAUCUAUUUUGUUGAAUAUUUCCCUAUAUUGCAGAAACAACAGAAGGAAAUGGUCUCGCUGGCAGGAUUUAAAUAAACAUUUGCAAUUUUAUUUACAGAGAACAAGAAGUACAACAAUGUGAUAACAUAAUAUUGUAAUAAUAAUAAUAAUAAAUUUUUAUUUAUACCCCAGCCAAGACUGGGCUCGGGGCGACUAACAUUGAACAGAAAUACAGAAGAGAAAUACCGAAAAGAAAUACAGUAAAAACAUUAAAAACAAAACAAAACAAACAAAACAAAACAAACAGUUGAUUAAAAUAUAAGUUAGAAUACAGUUUAAAAUGCAACUUAAAAUGCAGCCUCGUUUUAGUGAUAGCCUAUAGAUCAAAGCCAUAAGGGGAGAAAACGUGAAAUAUUCACUGGGGCCAACUAUCCAUGUUGGUCCUACAUGGGCCAGCAAAAAGAGCCGAGGGAAAAUUUAUAUACAAAAUCCCAUAUAAGGGGUGCCAUCAAAAAAAUAAAUGGGGGGGGAUGUAUCAUCUGAUGUAAUAAACCAGAAAUGGUAGUUGAGGGAAGUCAACGGGGGGGGGGGGGCGGUUUGGGUUGGAAAAUGUAUGUUUAGCAAUGAUAUUGGAUACUUGUUUUGACAAAAGAAAAUUAAUAUAUAUAUUUUUUAAAAAGAAUAAUAUUUCCCUAUAGGCUGCCUGGUAUCCUGCCUGAAAAACCAAACAGCCCCUGCCAAUCAGUGUAGACAAUACUGAACUAGAUGCUCUGAUUCCCCCUGUUCCUAGGUGUUUCUAGUUGAGUGGUCAGGGAGGGGCCAUUACAUUUCAGGGCAACCAAAAUGGUCAAAGGCCUGGAAACGAUGCCUUAUGAGGAACGGCUAAGGGAGCUGGGCAUGUUUAGCCUGGAGAAGAGGAGGUUAAGGGGUGAUAUGAUAGCCAUGUUCAAAUAUAUAAAAGGAUGUCACAUAGAGGAGGGAGAAAGGUUGUUUUCUGCUGCUCCAGAGAAGCGGACACGGAGCAAUGGAUCCAAACUACAAGAAAGAAGAUUCCACCUAAACAUUAGGAAGAACUUCCUGACAGUAAGAGCUGUUCAACAGUGGAAUUUGCUGCCAAGGAGUGUGGUGGAGUCUCCUUCUUUGGAGGUCUUUAAGCAGAGGCUUGACAACUAUAUGUCAGGAGUGCUCUGAUGGUGUUUCCUGCUUGGCAGGGGGUUGGACUUGAUGGCCCUUGUGGUCUCUUCCAACUCUAUGAUUCUAUGAUUCUAUGAUUUCCGAGCAUAAUUCAAAGUGUUGGUGCUGACCUUUAAAGCCCUAAAUGGCCUCGGCCCAGUAUACCUGAAGGAGCAUCUCCACCGCCAUCGUUCAGCCUGAACACAGAGGUCCAGUUCCAAGGACCUUUUGGCGGUUCCCUCGCUGCGAGAAGUGAGGUUACAGGGAACCAGGCAGAGGGCCUUCUCAGUAGUGGCGACCAUCCUGUGGAAUGCCCUCCCAUCAGAUGUCAAGGAGAUGAGUAAUUAUAUAACAUUUAGGAAACAUCUGAAGGCAGCCCUGUAUAGGGAAGCUUUUUAAGGUUUAAUGUUUUGCCGUGUUUUUAUAUAUGCUGGAAGCAGCCCAGAAUGUCUCAGGCAACCCAUCCAGAUAGAUUGGGUACACAAAAAUUAUUAUUAUUAUUAUUAUUAUUAUUAUUAUUAUUAUUAUUAUCAGGACUGAAUCUCCCAGUCUUUGGAGACGGCAGCCAGAGAUGGCUUUUAAUCAUGCAACUGCACUGCUUAAGUAGUGGGAGAAAAAAUGGCAUUGUCUUCUCUCAUGCCCUUGGCCAAAAGAAAUGGUUGAUCAGCAUAUCGGCUUGGCUGAAUGUACUCCUUUGGAUUAUAAAAUCAUCGCAGUACAUUUUGUGCUGAUGGGGGUCCUUUGGAGCAACUUGUUCUUCCUCCCACUCUGAGGCUCUGUUUGUAGCAGAAAUCAGGCCCUUUCGUGGAUCCCCAUAAGUAUUUCUCACCUGCAGGGUUGCAGCCUAUAUCUUGAGGGGAUCAAACCCUCGACUAGGGCAGAGCAACGGAUGGGAAGACCAUGUGGGAAUUGUGUGCCAGCUGUCGAACUGUGUCGUGUCUGCGAAUCCUCAUCUGACUUCUGUUUUUCCCCAGAAGCUCUGGCUAAAAUGGUCAACCAAAUCUAUACUGAGUCCAUUAACACCCAAGUUUUUCCUCAUGCAUUAUUUUUUUUUACCCACUAUCUACUACCUGCAAUAUCAUUGUCCCUUAUUUCUCACAAACUCUAGCUGGUGCCAAAGCUUUCUAGGAACUACUUGAAGGAAGGAUACAUGGAAAAGACUGGGCCAAAGGUAGGAGGCAUGUUAUGUUUUCUGUCUAUGCUAAAAGGGAGAAUAUUCUUAUUUGUGCUGUUUAGAAACUUUGGGGUGGGUUGAAGUGUUUUGUCAAUGUUCUGCCUCACAUUACCUGCCAACCAUGAUGCUUCUGACUUCCUAUUUUAUAUUUAUUUAUUAUUGCAAUCACAUCCCACUUGACCUCUGAGAAGCUCAAGGGAGCCUGCAUAGCUCUCCUUCUCUCCAUUUUAUCCUCACAACAAACCUGUGAGGGACAUUAGUCUGAGGGACAGUGACUGUUCCAGGGUCACCCAGGGAGCUUUCUGGCUAAGGAGUUGAGACUUGGUUUCCCAGGUCCUAGUCGGACACUCGCAAGACCACACUGCGUAUCUUGUGCAUCAGUGCUCUGUGCUCAAGCCCUAUAUAUAGCCAUGUUUUCCACAUUGCACCGUCUACUACGCGCUAUGUUGUAAACUGGAAAUAGACGGCUUAAAAAUCCGCAUCGUGUUUGCAUUUUAUGGCUGGAAGCCACGGCAUCACAUCAGAUCUAAAAUGAAGCGGCCAUCACAUCCAAAGAUAAAUAAAUCUUUGGGGUAUUUCUCCAUGAGCUAGAAAGCUGACAUAUACUAGUAUACUUUGUAGUACAAGCAAAUUCCGGAGGCCAUGAUGUGAAACCCCAAAAUGGCUACGAUAUUUUUACACUAGCUAGACAGCUGAAACCUCGUAAUAGUUCGCCCCAUAAUAGCCGGGCAAAGCAGCAGCUGUUUGGGGCUGACUGACUCAAGUAGCUCUGGAUGGGGUCAGUCAUAAACAGUGCCUUAAACUGGCCUAGAUUUGGGGUGUGUUUGGGGGCCUGAAGCACCGAACCCAAAAAAGCUUUACACUCCAAAUUCUGCUUAAAGAAAAGCUGAAUUAUGGAAUACAGCCACCAUUGGUCAAAUGGAGCUGUUUUGCAUACAAUCUUUUAUUUUUGCAUUAUUUAUUACAUUUAUAUACCAUCUUUUGUCCUCCAAGGCACUCCAAGUGGCAUCCAUUGCUUCCUGCAAAGAAUUAUGGGCGCUGUAUAACAGACUUUGUGCCAGGAAGGCAAGUCACUAUGCCGCCUGCACUCACAUCAUAAACCUAGCAGUCUAGGCCCCUAAUGAUCAAAUGGCCCACUAUCGGCAGUAUCUCCAUCCCCUGCGAGAGUAUCCUUGGCAUGACAGAACAACUCCUCGUUCCCCAGGGAAACGGGGCCCUUUUAAAGGGAUAAUUUCCCUCAGAGUGACGCCAUCUUUUCUGGAGACCCUCCUUCUCUGUGACAGCAGGGAGCUGUCACCAUGGAGUGGGACGCAGAUAUCGUGUCCCUAAAGGCUUUGUCCACCAACGUCUCAGCCUCUUUCAUCUUCUCCAGGUCAGCCAUCUUGGCCUCAAGGGAACAAACCCAUUCCCUGGGGCGUAGGAGCUCAUUGCGCCAGCCACACACCCAUGACGUCUGCCUGACUGGCAGACGAGUGACAUUCUGUGCAACACACUAGAUAGCCCUGCAUAUCUGUGUUUAUAGUUUAUUUGAAAGCUUGGGAUUUGUUCAGUCACUAAGGUGAGGGGCAAAGCAGUCUUCCUUAGUCUCCAUGCCCUGCUGUCCAACUCCCUCAACUCAGAUUGGCGUUCUGUCACUGGAGCCGAGAGGCCUCACACACACCCUCUCAACUGACAUCUUAACAUUAUGAAAGGCCCAGAAGCUCAAAGGUUUUGAUCAGGCUGUAUUUGGGUUAAUUUUUGUUAAUUUUCAAACUUGUAUAUUCUGCAUAGCUAGGGAGUGCCCUGAGUAAGUAAGAAAUCACUAUCUUAUUUUUGAGAGGCGCCAUUUUCCUCUUCCAAACUGGUGGGUACUUAACUCUCAAAGUUUGGAUCCCAAGCUGGGAUGAAGAGUCUGAAGUUCAGAAAGGUGCCCUUACCAUGUGUUUACCUUGGACCUGGCGAUUAUCUCCAGAUGCCACAUCCUAGGCAGUAUCUUGGGUCAUCUGUUCCUAAAUCUAGCCUCGAAGGCAAGCACACCAGCCUUGCUCACUAUUCACACUUCACCAUCUCUAUCCUAAUUAAGAAGACGUGCAGAGAGAUUAAUUAUUUUCUUGUUGCCGUGAGCCAAUAGCGUUUUAAUCAAGCUGUCUCUGUGGCUAACCAAUUCAUUAGCUGCAAAUUAAAUAAAUCUAGGCUUUUCACCAUACUUUAAUUGACACUGUCCCUUUGUAGGGGGGAAGAAAGUUGUUCAAGCAUCGGUAGCAUUGUUGGAAACGAUUUGAUUUAAUUGUCAUAUCUACAUUUUGGCAUUUCAACAUGCUCUAUUCACACCCGAAGAAAUAAAUUAAUGGCCCGUAGCUGCCCUCCUAAGCAAACUGAUUGGAAAUAAGUCCCACCAAACUCCAUGUAAUACAAAUGUUUUCCCCCACUGUUUAUUUCCUCUUUCCCACUCUUUAGCAAACUGAAGGCUUCAAGAAGCGGUGGUUCACCAUGGAUGACAGAAGACUAAUGUACUUCAAAGAUCCCCUGGUAAGGCCCAUGUUUGCUAAUGAUCUCAGGCUGGUCCAGGGACGGGCAACUGCAGAACUUCAUGGCAGGAUUUCAAAACAUUCCACUUUCCCAAAGGAUUUUUAUCUUUGCUUUUCAUGAUAACGAUUCUAUGCAUAUUUGUUUUCAAACAGAUUUGUUUUCAAUGGUGGCCGUUUUAUAUAUAUUUGUAUAUUUUUGAUCAAGUGGCUUAUAAAUGUUCCAAAUGAGUAGGGCGUGGGAAUUAAUUAGGGCCAGCAAAAACUAGAGAUAAGGGUGGAUUCUGUUCAGUUCACAUUUUCUGUUCAGUUCACAUUUUUAAGUCAGUCAACCCGAUUCGCACCUCCUUAGUUAAUACACAUAUCAGAACAGGAGUAUCCUUUGAAUUUCACUAUUCUCUGAAUUUUGUGAUCCAGUUUGUUUGUUUGUUUGUUUGUUUGUUCGUUCAUUCAUUCAUUCAUUCAUUCAUUCAUUUUUGUCCCACUGGUCCCAGAAAUAGGAUUGGACAGACUUAUGAAUGAACAUGUGCAAAACUGUCAUGGAAUGGAAUGAAACUAAAUUGAUCUAUCCAGUUUUGGGGAACUGCAAGUGGGGGGAAAUUGUGGUUUGCUCAUGUCCCGCUUAUGGGCUUCCUAUGGGCAUCUGGUUGUCCACUGUGAGAACAGAACAAAUCUAUACUGCCCUGGUGAAACCACACCUGGAGUCCUGUGUCCAGUUCUGAGCACCACAAUUUAAGAAGGAUAUUGACAGGCUGAAACGUGCGCAGAGGAGGGGGGACUGAAGGACCUGGGCCAAAGGCCAAGAUGAUCAAGGGCCUGGAAACCAAGUCUUUUGAGGAAUGUUUGAGGGAGUUGGGUGUGAUAAGACCGGUAAAGAGGAGACUGAGAGGAGAUAGGAUAGCCAUCUUCAAAUAUCUCAAGGGCUGUCACGUGGAAGAUGGAGAAAGCUUGCUUUCUGCUGCUCCACAUGGUAGGACCUGAAUCAAUGGAUUCAAAUGACAAGAAAGAUUAUUCCAACUCAACAUUCAAAAGAACUUCCUGAUAGAAUCAUAGAAUUGGAAGGGACCCUGAGGAUCAUCUAGUCCAACCCCCUGCAAUGCAGCUGUCCCAUAUGGAGAUCAAACCUGCGACCUUGGCGUUAUCAGCACCAUAUUCUAACCUACUGAGCGAGGUGAUGGGAAGAGCUCUUUGAUAGUCUCAGGUUGUGGACUCUCCUUCCUUGGAGGUUUUUAAGCAGAGUUUGGAUGACCACCUGUCAGGUUUUCUUUUUGCAUUGCAUGAGGUUGGACUAGAUGACCCUUGGGAUCCCUUCUAACUUCAUAGUUCCAUGAUUCUAAGAUGAUGGACAAGACGGGCCACUGGCCUGAUCCAGCAGGGGUCCUCUUAUGUUCUUGCCCUUUCACAGAAAAGCUAGGACACAAUUUUAUUAACCUUAAGUUGGAGAUGCGCAGACUGAUUGAGAUGAAUGGGGGAGAUAAAGAAACUGAGAACAGAUGGGCAGUGGAAUAAACUACUGUCUGAAGCUGCAACAUCUCCCUGCAGUUUUUGUGUGGAGUUGUUUCUGUCAAGGAUGCUGGGGAUCAGUUGGGAUGCUGGAAAAAAUGGGAGAGACUUCCUGUUCAUUUUGAAAUGACUUCCUUGAAAGGCUGGGGUUUUGUUUUUUUGUAUACAGCUUGGAAGCCUCUGUUGAGAAAGGAUGGUAGAAUUAUAGUUUCCAGUUGCCUGAAAUAAACCUUAACCUUAACCCUUACCCCCACCCCCCAAAAAGCAACUUGCUGCAGAAAUCUUUGAAGCCAAGAAGGCAGGGACAUUACGUCAGCUGAUCUGUGAUAAUUCUGUUUGUUAUCUCAUGCAAUGCCUUCAUCAUAGGAGAUAUAUAGCAACAGUACUUUGUCAUAAGCCCCAAAGCCAUUUUGAACAGGGACAACAGUGUCAGGCCUUUGGAAUCUAGGGGACAUGGAUGAAUUUUUGGAAGAAAAAAUGCCAGUGCCUCCUUGAUCUUCUGAGAUCCUAUGCUAUGUCGCCCGCACAGGAUGCCUUCGCCAGGGGGGAAGUUUUUAUUGGAAGCAAAGAAAACAGCUACAAGGUCUUGGAAGGGCUCCCGCCGUCCAUACAGGGAAACCACUGGCAACAUGGAAUCACCAUCGUGACUCCAGACAGGAAGUUCCUUUUUGCCUGUGAGACGGAAAGCGACCAGCUGGAGUGGAUCGCAGCUUUCCAGAAAGUGAUCAGUAGGCCAAUGCUGCCGCAGGAAUAUGCAGGUGAGGUGAGGGGUGGGACGUGACUGGGAAUGAUGGCGGGUCAUCAUGGUUCGGUGGCACAGCUUGUGUUUUGAAGAUUCGGUUCCCAGCACCUGCUGCAGAAAGGAAGACCUAAGCCCUGCAAGGGAGGAAAAAAUGGGUUUCCUCAUUCGCCAUUUAGAAGGCAAGAAGGUGGAGAGGUAGAGGAAGCUCUCUUAGGCCACAUUCACACCGUUUAAAGCACUAUCAUACCACAGGCAUGGCUCACCCUAAAGAUUUAUGGGAGCUGUAGUUUGUUAAGGGUGCUGAGAGUUGUUAGGAGGCCCCUAUGACACUCCCAGGGCCACAAUUCCCAGAAUUCCCUAGGAAAAGAGACUGACUGUUAAACCGCUCUGGGAGACUGGUCUCUUAACAACUCUUAGCACCCUUAGCAAACUACAAUUCCCAGGAUCCUUGGGGGGAACUCAUGACUGUUUCAAGUGGCAUGGUCCUGACUUAAAUGUGCAGCGGAGAUGGGGUUUUCGAAUAUAUGCCUGGAAAUUAAAUCAGUUGACUGACUUUUCAUCAAUCAAGCUAUUAAUUAAUUGAUUCACUCUGCAUAGGGAAUAAAACAAAGAAGUAUACAGUACUUCCUUUGUUUUAGCAUAGACAUCAUAUUUUAAAAGAUGCACUUUGUACUGUACUUUUUGGAGAGUGAUUCCUGUGUAGUUUUUACUCUGCCUGCUGGUCUGAUUUUUUAUUUUUAAAGUUAACCCUCUUUGUUAAGUUUCUAUGGAAUAUAUCUAUAUCUAUCUAUCUAUCUAUCUAUCUAUCUAUCUAUCUAUCAUCUAUCUAUCUAUCUAUCUAUCUAUCUAUCUAUCUAUAUGAUGUUCCCUCCAAAACUAUUCUGUACCUGCCAUCUGUGGUUUGCAUUAGUAGUUUUAUAAUCAAUCAAAAGCAUUUAAAUCAAUCAACUAACUGGCUGAACUUUAAGACACUGGGUUGCAUCCUGUUUUGUACACAGAGCAGACCUACUGGAAUUAAAAGACACAACUAACUUGCUUUCAUUAAGUCCAAUAGGUCUGCUGUGAGGAGAACUUGGAUGCAACCUGAUGAUUGUAUUUGCACUUAAUGGUCAGGCAUGGUUUAGUCACUAACCACUUAAGAUUGCUGCUGUCCUUUACAUGUCAGUGUUUUAAUGCUGUUGUUUCCCCCCUCCUCACAGUGGAAGCCCAUUUCAAGCAUAAACCAUAG